GUUAGAUGAUGCAGCCAAUCAGGAGGCGAGGGGCGUGUCCGUGCUUGUGGCUUGCAGGCGGCCGCUGCCCGGGAGGACCAGUGAGUGCCAGUCUCUCUCCAAGAUGGCGGCGCCGGGGGUGUUACUGCUCCUCAUACACGGUGAGUGCCCGGACCGAGCGGGGAGACCGGACUGUGUGCGACCCCUCUAAUACUGACUGGGGGGGGGUCUCUAAGGGGGUCCGUUAUACUGAGCUCGCAAAGUUACUGCUCCUCUAUAUACACGUGUGAAAGCCCUCGGACUGAGCACCGGAGACCUGACAAUGCGAACUCCUGGGUCCGAAUCGACUGGGGGUCUCUAAGGGUCCGGUCUUCGUCCGCUAUACUGACUGGGGUCUCUAAGGGGUCCGUUAUGUAUUGACUGGGGCCCCUAAGGGGUCCGCUAUAAAUUACCUGGGGCCGGGGGCCAUGGGUCCGUUAUACCUGACUGGCCCUAAGGGGGUCCGUUAUACCGCAUCUGACUGGGGUCUCUAAGGGGUCCGUUAUACUGACUGGCCCCCUAAGGGGUCCGUUAUACUGACUGGGGUCUCCGACUGGGGUCUCUAAGGGUCCGCUAUACUGACAACUCUGCGGUGUUAUCCUGACCGGGGCCCCUAACCGGGGGGGUCCGUUAUACUGACUGGGGUCUCAAGGUCCGUUAUACCGACUGGGAGUCCUAAGGGGUCCGUUAUACCGACUGGGUCUCUAUAAACCGUUAUCCCGACUGGGGGGUGACUGGGGCUCUAAGGGGUUAUACCUGACUGGGGGUCUCUGGGGGUCCGUUAUACUGACUGGGGUCUCUAAGGGGGUCCGUUAUACCGACUGGGUCUCUAUAAACCGCUAGUCCGACCGGGGUCCUCUCUAAGGGUCCGCUAUCCCGAAUAGGGGUCCUGACUCGGGGCCCCCUCUUGGCUCUAUACCCCGACUGGAGUCUCAAGGGUCCCGUUUAUACCCACCGGGGAGUCUCUUAUAACCGCCAUACCUUAUACCGACUCUCAAGGGGUCCGUUAUACUGACUGGCCCUCUGGGGUCCGUUAUCGAGGGGGGUCCGUUAUCCUGACUGGGGCCCUAACUGGGGUCCGUUAUACCUGACUGGGGUCUCUAACCGUCCUAAUCCCAGACCGUUAUUGGUCUCUAAGGGGUCCGUUAUACCGACUGACUGGGGUCUCUAAGGGGUCCGCACACUGGGUAAAUCCUAUAAACUGUUAGGCCCUAAGGGUCCGCAAAGUCCGGGUUACACCGACUGGGGUCUCUAAGGGGUCCGUUAUACUGACUGGGUGUCUCUGGGGUCAAGGGGGUCCGUUAUCCUGACUGGGGUCCUCAGGGGUCCGUUAUACCUGACUGGCGGGGUCUCUCCUAUACCGACCAAAGUGUCUCCGUAACCCGUUAUACCUGACUGGGGUCUCUCUAUGGGGUCCGUUAUACCGACUGGCUCUUAAGGGGGUCCGUUAUACUGGGGGUCUCUAAGGGGUCCGUUAUCCUGACUGGGGGUCUCCUAAGGGGGGUUAUACCGUUAUGGGGUCCGCUGACUGGGGUCUCUAAGGGUCCGUUAUCCUAUAAAUUGACCGGGCCUCCCUGGGGUCCGUUAUCCGACCCGAGGGGUUAUACUGACUGGGGGCUAAGGGGGUCCGUUAUCCCGACUGGCCCUAUGUGGGGUCCGUUAUACCGACUGGGGUUCCCUAAGGGGUCCGUUAUCCUGACCCUGAGGGGGGGUCUCUAAGGGGUCCGUUAUAGGGGGUCCGUUAUCCUGACCUGACUAAGGGGGGUUAUAUACUGACUGGGGGGGUCCGUUAUACUGACUGGGGGCUCUAAGGGGGUCCGUUAUACCGACUGGGGGUCCAUAAGGGGUCCGUUAUCCCGGGACCCGAGGGGUUGGGGGUCUCUAAGGGGGUCCGUUAUCCUGACUGGGGGGGGGGGUGUCCCUCUAAGGGGGUCCGUUAUCCUGACCCGAGGGGUUGGGGGUACCCUUUAAGAAAUGCUGGGGGAGGGUGUGUUAUAAUCCUCGGAUAUUUGGUGUUUAUAAUUCUAGGAGACUUGAUGUCUAUCCUAAGUGUGGGGAGAUGUAGGUUUCCUCAGUACUUGGAGAGUUGAUAUUAUAAGUGUUAGAAAUGGUGGUAUUUAUCAUCGAAACUGGUACACCGUGUUUAUCAUCCAGUAUUAGCAAUGUGUUCUCAUCAAUACUUGGAGAUGGGGUGUUGACCAUCAAUACUAUGAUUGUUGAUGUCUUUUUUAUCAAUAAUAGGAGUGUGUAUAUUACAAUUAUUUACAAUAAGUUCACCUGCAAUACUAGAGUGUGUUUAUUAAUACUAGCUGUGUAAGUAUUUAGCAUCAGUGCUCGGAGAAUGAGUGUCCUCACCACUGUCUGUUAAAUAGAACAAGGGUACUAGAAGUGUGGGUAUCUUAUGUUGAGGGUUGAGAAUGUGUAGUAAACAAAUAGAUAAACAAUCUUUGAGUUUACCUAGUAACCAUGGUUACAAUGAGACCGGAUGUUUACUUUGCUUUCCUGCACUAAUACCCACUUGUUGUUUUAGGAUAUUGUUCUUGGCCUCCCCGUGUGUGUGUGUGUGUGUGUGUGUGUGUGUGUGUGUGUGUGUGUGUGUGUGUGUGUUAUUCUGGUCUAUUUACUGCCUUUUUAUAAUGAUUUAGGAUGUUGUUCUUCUAGAACACCAAGCACGCUUGAUUGUGGUUUGGAUGUUCCUGUUGACUUAGAGGUGGCGUGGGUCUUGUGGGAUGUUCUCAUUGACAUGGUGUUGACUUGGAGAUGGUGUGGGAUGUUCUCAUUAAUGUGGUGUGGGAUGUUCUCAUUGACAUCGUGUUGCCUUGGAGGUGGUGUGGGAUGUUCUCAUUGACAUUGUGUUGCCUUGGAGGUGGUGUGGGAUGUACAGGACCUCAUAUUGACAAAUCCUCUGCUUAGGCAGUACUGCUCGUCCAUAUACUUGCAUGGUCAUGAUGGACAGGUGGAGCCAAAAACGAAUCAUGCAGCUGUUAGACUGUAUUUCUCAUAAACUAUUAAAUGCACAAGUCUCAGCUAGUGGCUGGGAAUAGGUCAAGGAAGCUGGACAUCUAGUAUGUGAUGUUUCGUGGUGUAGGAUAUUUAGUCAUGUUCUGAAUUUAAGAUGUUCUCUUGGUUUAGGUCUAGAAUGUUUUUAUGGCUAAUGGCCGCUCAAUAUAAUGAUGUCCUUCUCGACCACAUACUGACAUGAUGACUCUGGUGUUUUCCUGAUACGAUCAUCAACAGGCACAAACUCUCUUGUUCAGAUUUAGGAAUCACCAUGUAUUAAGAGUGUUUACUACAUAUUCAUUCUUUUACUGAAUAGGGAUCCGCUUAAUGCUAUUCGAAGUAACGCUAGGUGUUGUAAUGCCUUUAAUUGCUUAGAAAAAGUGACAAACAGGCCUUGUUGAAUUGUGACUCUCUUAAAGAGAAUUAUGGGAGUUUUAGGCUAAAUGAACGCCUAUGCUUUAGUAGCUGAACGAUCACAGCUCCCAUCAUCUCCAGCCAUCCUCUUAAACGUGAUUAUGUAAACCGACAUCCAUCUUUAACUAGGAAUCAUUGCUCUAUUUCACACACAAGGGUGUUUUAUCAAGUUCCCAUCUUCUGUACCAUAAAGAACAGGCUGGAAAUUAUCCUUCCUACUGACACAAUGAGUAGUGGGUGAGGAAGCCUUUUCUUUCCCUUCUCGUAGUUUGAUAUCCUGCUAUGGAAGGAUAUUUCAGCUGUCCAUGCAGCAGGGAAAGUUUAUAGAUCCGGAAAGAUGUGUCCUAACCGGGUGUCGAGGCUUGGAGAUCUUAUUACUUACCGGGUAUCAUUUCUUUAAAAUUUGUGAUUCAUAGUCCUCUCUGUACAUGAUGAUGCAGCUUAUGAUAAGGUUUCUAGCUGACUUUGCUAUAAAAAAGGUUACACAAUGUGCAAUGUUUGAUGAUUCACCAUCAUGCAAUACAGUUGACUUAGAUUUUAUGAAAUAAAGUGUGAUGAUAAUCUGAUAUUAUUAUUAUUAUUAUUAUUAUUAUUAUUUAUAUAGUGCCAGCAAAUUCCGUAGCACUGUAUAUGACCAGUUUGCAAUAAAGUAAUGACCAAAAACUAUUUUUUGUUCAUUUAUUUUCUUUGCACGGAAGAAUAAAAAGUUUUUUUUGUUUGUUUUUUUGUUUUUAUUGUACAAUUUUUAAAUUACCCAUGCUGGUACUAGAGGGUUGUUUUACUGCAUUAUUAAACCAUAAGCGCUUCCCUUCCUACAUUCUCCGUUGAUUGCAAGCCUUUGUGGCUACAUGUUCAGAUACAUUGCAUUGUUUGUGCUUUCGGUCUUCCUGUAUAGCUCUGCAGAAUAUUUGACACUUCUAGAUAAUGACGACGAUGCCUCUAACCUUUCUGGCAAAUAAUAAUAUUUUCUGUUCUCUGGAAAAUUAAAAUUUGAUCAUCGCUGAUAGGACCGAUGGACCUGUUACAUUAAACACUGCACUAAGCAUCAGAACCAUAACAGUAUUUAUUCAGUGUGUUUUGAGUGGACACUUUGUCUGCCUUAGUACUUUCAUCUCAACCUCUAACAAAUUGUACCGCUGAUGGGUGCAGAAACCUUUUUAAAUUAUUUUUUUUAGGUGUCUGAAUUGUCCUAAUUGAGUAAGUACAUUGUCCAAGGGAAUGCAUGCUUGGGGAAACUAUAAAAUACUUUAAAGAUAAGGCGUCCUGAAAUGAUACAACUUUUGAAGAAUUCCGGCUCUCAUUGCACUGGCUGAGUGUGAAGGGAGUCGUAAUUUUUGAUGGACAUUUUGAAAUAUGAUGUAUAUUGGUUUGUGAUGCAACCUGACGGUUAAACCAGGGGUUGAAGAAUAAGGGAUUCACUUGGCUGGCGGAGGAUGAUGUGAUUUACAGUCAUACAUUUAUUUUUUUAAUGCUGGAGGGGGGAUUUGGUCGUGUGAGGCGAUCUCUUCCUCCAGCUCUAUAAGUGGUUAAACCAUUUGUAAUGUUUCCUUAUCCAUCUGGAUAGAGACAGCUGUCUGUUUCCUCUCUGUCUUUUUUUUUUAUUUUUUUUUUUUAUGUCUGUUAAGUACGGGAGGGGGUUGCUACCCCUCCUGCCUAUUGCUCCGAUUUGCAGGACAUUGUCCUCGAGGUCCAGGCGUCUGCAGCUUAGACAAUACUUAAACGUUUGAAAUGGAGAGCCAUGUGUUUUCAUAUUGAGAUUACUCAUUCUCCUGUCUGGUUUCAUUAUUUAAACCUGAUUUAUAAACAUACAGGUUGUAAAAGGGGAAUAUUCAGCAGGGAUAGUCUUGGUUUCCACAGUGACUGCGCCACUUCUAGAACAUUUAGAUUUAUAGCGGUUUAUGAAUAACGACCAGGAGAUGUGAAUAUUGCAUAUUGUAUUCUGUACAACUGUGACACGUCUGUGGGGUGGAAAGCAAAAUAAUAAAAAGGAGCCAACACGCUAAAAUACAUUAUACUGCUUCUCUUUUUUACAUUAAUAAACCUAAAAAAAUAAUUGGAUAUUGUAUUCGGUGCUGCAGAGCCAUGAAGUUUGCUUCGGACAUUGCAUGUUGAUGACAAGAGGUCACACAAACAACUUUCUUGACAAGUUCAUGAAGGAGUUACACUGAGUAAUAAUUGGAAUGGAUUUAGUAAUUAAGGCAAAUCAGCUCCUAAAAGACAAUCUAAUCUCACAGUAAUGGUUUAAAAUGGGAAACAUUUUAUUUAACUCUUUGAAUUACAAAGUAAUUUUAUUUGUGGCCGAGGAUAUGAGGUCAAAGAUAGAAACAUAGAAUGUGACGGCAGAUAAGAACCAUUCGGCCCAUCUAGUCUGCCCAAUUUUCUAAAUACUUUCAUUAGUCCCUAGCCUUAUCUUAUAGUUAGGAUAGCCUUAUGCCUAUCCCACGCAUGCUUAAACUCCUUUACUGUGUUAACCUCUACCACUUCAGCUGGAAGGCUAUUCCAUGCAUCCACUACCCUCUCAGUAAAGUAAUACUUCCUGAUAUUAUUUUUAAACCUUUGUCCCUCUAAUUUAAGACUAUGUCCUCUUGUUGUGGUAGUUACUCUUCUUUUAAAUAUAGUCUCCUCCUUUACUGUGUUGAUUCCCUUUAUAUAUUUAAAUGUUUCUAUCAUAUCCCCCCUGUCUCGCCUUUCCUCCAAGCUAUACAUGUUAAGAUCCUUUAACCUUUCCUGGUAAGUUUUAUCCCGCAAUCCAUGAACCAGUUUGGUAGCCCUUCUCUGAACCCUCUCUAAGGUAUCAAUAUCCUUCUGAAGAUACGGUCUCCAGUACUGUGUACAAUACUCCAAGUGAGGUCUCACCAGUGUUCUGUACAUGAGCACUUCCCUCUUUCUACUGCUAAUACCUCUCCCUAUACAACCAAGCAUUCUGCUAGCAUUUCCUGCUGCUCUAUUACAUUGUCUGCCUACCUUUAAGUCAUCAGAAAUAAUCACCCCUAAAUCCCUUUCCUCAUAUGUUGAGGUUAGGACUCUAUCAAAUAUUCUGUACUCUGCCCUUGGGUUUUUACGUCCAAGAUGCAUUAUCUUGCACUUAUCCACAUUAAAUGUCAGUUGCCACAAUUCUGACCAUUUUUCUAGUUUACCUAAAUCAUUUGUCAUUUGGCUUAUCCCUCCUGGAACAUCAACCCUGUUACAUAUCUUAGUAUCAUCAGCAAAAAGACAUACCUUACCAUCAAGACCUUCUGCAAUAUCACUAAUAAAAAUAUUAAAGAGAAUGGGUCCAAGUACAGAUCCCUGAGGUACCCCACUGGUGACAAGUCCAAGCUUCGAAUAUAUUCCAUUAACUACAACCCUCUGUUGCCUGUCACUCAGCCACUGUCUUACCCAUUCAACAAUAUUUGAAUCCAAACUUAAAGAUUGCAGUUUAUUGAUAAGCCUUCUAUGUGCAACAGUGUCAAAAGCCUUACUGAAAUCUAGGUAAGCAAUGUCUACUGCACCACCCUGAUCUAUAAUUUUAGUUACCCAAUCAAAAAAAUCAAUGAUUAGUUUGGCAUGACCUCCCUGAAGUAAACCCAUGUUGUCUCUGAUCUUGAAAUCCAUGUGUUUUUAGAUGUUCAUCAAUCCUAUCCUUUAACAUGGUUUCCAUCACUUUCCCCACUACUGAAGUAAGGCUUACUGGCCUAUAGUUGCCCGACUCCUCCCUAUUACCUUUCUUGUAAAUGGGCACAACAUUCGCUAACUUCCAAUCUUCUGGGACUACUCCUGUUAACAAUGAUUGGUUAAAUAAAUCUGUUAAUGGUUUUGCUAGUACACCACUAAGCUCUUUUAAUAGCUUUGGGUGUAUUCCAUCAGGUCCCAUUGACUUAUUUGUCUUUACUUUUGACAGUUGAAAUAGAACCUCUUCCUCUGUAAACUCACGUGUAAUAAAUGACUCAUUUAUCCUUUUUCUCAACUGAGGUCCCUUUCCUUCAUUUUCUUCUGUAAAUACAGAUGGCCACCCAUGCAUGGUGGGAAAGUUAGUUGAUGUGUGCCGAAAAAGGUGUUUGGGAUGACAUUGUAAAAGAUCUUGCCCAAUGGAAAAAUUUUAGUAUGAAGAGGGAUAAUUAAUUUAACCUCCUCUGGCGGUCUGAUUAUGUCAGUAUUUUUGAAUGUUAAAGCGAUACAUUGUUUUGUAUGUAAAUUUGUUUCAUAUUGUAGGCUUGUAAUUCUUAGGAAAAACUUUAAAUCUGUCCAAACAAGAGUCUAGUAGACAUCCCAGGUAUAAUUAAGUUUGAAAAAUGAAAUCAUAUAUUAUAAUCAAAUAAUGUAAUCAAAACAAAAACACUGAAAUUUGAAAUAUUACUAAUCACUGUAAUACUAGACACUGCAUAUUGGUUUAGUAAACAUCCCAGGUAUGAAGAAUUUUGGAACAUGGGACUGCACAAAGUCCGACAUCACAAUCCGGACAAUGGAACCUGCUUUCCAUUCUGAAUUUUUUUUUACUGUCCUCUCGCUUCGAGCAACAAACCACGCACAUCCUUGUAGGUGCUGACUUUUUAUUGGUUGGUGGGAUGUAGUCCAUGAAGUGACGACCAGUCUGGUUUCCGGGUUGACCACGCCAACAGCACGACGUCCAGCUCUAUUCACAGCCAUUGAUGGUGUUUGGUUGUUCACAAAGAUACGUUCAGCAACUUUCCAAAUGAAGUCAGAAUGAACCACAGGCUUGUCACCACAUUUAUUUUUAUUUUUUUUUACACCGAAUGUAGGCAUUCCACAAGCAUUGCUCAAGAAGAUGCCUGUAGUACUUCUUUUGCGGUUUCCUCAUUGCUGGGUAGAAUGUCAUUGCUUGGUUGGCUCUGUUGACACCUCCUAUGGUGUUAUUGUAGUCUAUCACUACUUGUAUAUUCAUGAUUUCUUUCCCACCUUUUGUGCGUACCAUAACAGUGGAGGUAUUAUAAACUGUACUCAUUAGGCACACAUCUUUCCACAUAACGGUUCCAGAGGCAUCUGUUUUUUUUUUUUUUUUCCAGAAGAAACUCCUAAAGUUCAGGAGACGUAUAAAAGUUGUCAGUUGUUACGCAAUAGCCUUGAUUUUAGCAAUGGCUCAAUGAGUGAAAGAACGGAAGAUGUUGCCAUUCCAUAGUUGCUGUACUUUUUAUUGAAUUUUGUUACUUUUCCAGUGUAAAUGGCUGAAUCCCAAAUGUAGCCAGUUGACUAUUCGAAUAGCACGUAGUAUUUUAUGCCAAAUUGUACUCUUUGAUGCAAUGUAUUGUACCCAGCUGAGCCUUCCCUUGUAGAAUAUUAGACUUUCAGUUAUGCUGAUAUCUCUUUCUGGCACAUAGCUCUGUUGGAAACCCUUUGGAAUUAUUUGAGAUACUUCCCAAAUUUAGUUUUGGUGCAGGAUGAGUAGGUUCAUCGAAUUCUUCAUUUUCGAAAUGUAAAAAUUUCAUGAUCAGGGAAGAUCUGUACUCUGACAUGACCGUACCAAAGAAUGGAGCGACAAGUAAUUUAUUAGUUUCCAAUACCACUUCUGCAGGGGUUUCCCCACCACUCCCAGAAGUAUUGUUGGUCCCUUAAAUUUCCAAAUGUCAUCUUUGGUCACUUGUUCCCACUUUCUGCUUCUUGAAAACUUCUGAGACAGAACAGCUAAUUGUUGCUCUUUAUCCUGGUUUUUCUCAGUAAGUAUUUUUUUUUCAAUAACCUCAUCGGACAGAAAUAAUUUAAAUAUGCCAGGGGGUUGUUGUGUUCAAUGUCUAUUUUCAUACCAUAUGCUCCAGCAAAUGGGAAUCUUAGGGGCUCUCCCUGAUCCAUACCACAGUUAAUAGAACAUCAAGUUCGCACAUCACUGAGCUCAGUCGCUGUCAUCGCUUUCAGUGUUUGACAAAUUUUCCCAUGAAUCACAAUCGCUCAAUUCUACAAGUGAUUCUAAUUCACUAUCGCUGUUUUGUAACUGGUCUAUAACCACUUCUAAAGGGACGCUUUUUGGAUGCCAUGGACAUCCAAGUUUCCAGGCAGAAAGAACGGUAAAAGCGCAGGCAGGACACUGGACAAAGCACUCGGACAAAACUGAGGUGAAAAGGUUUGAUACAGUAAUGUAAUCCUAACAGAUUACACUGUAUUACUGUGGUGUGUUUUGUUUUAUUUAUUUAAUUUAUUUUUAUUUCCCGACUGGUUCUGCCAGGCAGCGCUCGCAGGGAAAGGGAACCCGGAAGUCUGAUGCCGGCAUCGGGCGGAGGACACCAAGGGGCUCGUAGGGACAAGGUAAGUGAUACUACAGUGAAAUCCUGAGCGUGUCUAGGGGUUAUCGCUUUUGGUACUGAAAAUUAACCCAGAGCCACGCUCGGGAUUAACCGUCGGAGAGGUUAAAGGAGAGAUCUGUGUCCAUAAAAAACAUUGCUCAGGCUUUAGCUGUGUGCCUCUAGCUAAAGUGAUGUCUGCUCAUGCCUAGAUACUGACUCUCCAACGCCUAGUGUCCGCCAACGAUCUUAAAGGAAACUGCAACUGUCAUGGAUUCAGAUUGGCUGGGCAAUGUAUUGAAUAAACCGGAGUGUGACCUUGUCAUCCAUACGUUUUGUAGGUGACAGAUCCACUUUAAAAUCAACCAACCGCGUUAAUUUUGCCAAAUGAAAGCCUAGUUAUAAUGGUGUUUCAUGGCAGUAAAUCCUGUCACAAAUGACACUUUUUGAUGAAUAAAUAGGCAGUAAAGCUGUUAUUGACAGUCUGCGUUCUGACGCUGUAAUUGCCUGUGAAUUCUGUGAGCGGAUUCUUUCUGUAAGGGGCCACGUCUCUCUGCUCUGCGUGUCUCUCUUUAUCGCUGUGUGUGCAUAAAGCAAUGUGUCUCUUCUACGUGUCUGUGUGUGGCCUUGUGCUUCUGAGUUGUGGGGGGGACGGGCUGUGUGUGUGUGUUGUCAUGUCUGCUAUGAUGUAAUUAAAGUGUCUUUGCCAAGAUUCAUUGCUAUAUGCUUGAUAAGUUAAAUUUAUACUUUACUGUACGUCCAGUUAAUGAUAUUCCCUGUGAAAAGAUCAUCUCACUAUUUUGGGACUAAAAUAUUUUGGUUCCAUUCUAUGUUAUGGAAUAUUUGAACUUUUUCUUCUUUUUUUUUUUUUCUUUCUUUCUAAAACACCGAUCCCCCUGUUGGGGAUAUUCUCCAUACCAGUUAGUUCAACAUGGUUUACCGUAUGUGUAAAGCUCUCAAAAAGCAUGUUAAGUGGGAGCUGCCAUCCUCCUGUCAUAAGACAUUGAAUUAUGAGGGGUCCUACCAAAAAUGCCUAAAGCCACUUUCUUUUAAUGUUUUUAAAUUAUUUUUUUGUGCUUGGUUUAUUGUUUGAUACAUCAUAUAUUUCAAUAAGAUCAAAUAUUUCCCAUGGUGACAGGAAUACAAGGUUAGAAAUUUUUAUGUAGAACUUUGUAGUUGUCAGUGAGGUAGCAAUUGAAAUGCAGUUAGUAAGAACAUUUUUGUUGCGAACAGGUUCGGGGACAGACCCAGGGCUUUAGCAAGUUUAGCAAGUAGCGUAUGCUGUGCUCCUGGGACACUCCAGAUGUGGAGUGUUAGGUAUGCUAGUUGUUCAGAGUCGAGGUAUAGGGGCAUACAAGAGUGUUUGUGUGCAAUUACGUGCUAGUCCAUGUGUGGCGUUGCGUGGUAGGCAGCGUAUUUGUGCUGUUGCUUGGCAGUCUGAAAUAAAGGCAUCGAUCAGUGCGUCUCGGCUCAGUGGUGCGGGGUAAGUACUUUUUGUGGUCGGAUGGGUGAUAUUCCUCCGAUUUUUGUCAGGUUAUCGGAGAGCAGGUUGGAUUGGCAUCUUAUCAGGAUGGCUGUCAGGCUCCGCCACUCAAACCACUGCUUUCUGUAUCACUUGAAGCACAAAAACAACCAUAUCUUAAUGCAGCAGUUUUGGUGUAUAGAACAUGCCCCUGCAGUCUCACUGCUCAAUUCUACGCCAUUUAGGAGUUAAAUCACUUUGUUUCUGUUUUAUGCAGCCCUAGCCAAACCUCCCCUGGCUGUGACUGACAGAGCCUGCAUGAAAAGAUGGUUUAAUAAACAAUCAGAUCACACCGCACUGCUGUAGGCUCUAGCUGGAAAUUUAGAAAAAGCCCUGAUAGUGGAGCGCUGAAAAAAAAUAGGGUAUGAAAAAUAGGAAACCUAACAACCUAUGCAAUAAUACAUAAAAUAACUAUUAAAAACCCAGAAAAUACAGGAAAAAUCUCAAUUCAAUACAAUAAUGGGAGAAAAUGAACAAAAGUCCAGUAAUGGUGUCCCAAAGAAAUGUGUUAAGUUGUCUACUCCAUCACAUCCAUAUAUAUGUGUAAAAGAUAGGGGGGAAGGGGGUAUCAAUAUACCAUGUACUUUUCAUUUACCACACUGAAGAUUGAUAGUUAAAAAUCUAUUUUAUUCUAACAAUAUUUAAAAAUAUAAUAUAUAGAAGUUCUUUCGGUGUCCCUUUUAGUCCUUAAUUAAAGGGAUUCUCUAGUGCCAGGAAAACAAACCCAUUUUCCUGGCACUGUAGAAUCCUGGAGCACCCCCAUCCCACGUCGCUGAAGGGGUUAAAACCCCCUUCAGUCACUUAACUGAAUCCAGUGCCGAUGUCCCUCGGCGCUGGGUCAGGCUCCUCUCCCGCUGGCGGGGGAGACCUAAUGCGCAUGCACGGCAAUGGCAGCGCUCGCAUUAGGAUCUCCCCAUAGAGAAGCCUUAUUUAACAACUGUAUCCUCCUGGUAGACCGCGUCUAGAAAAGCUGCAAUAAUUGCACUUGCAGGGUUAAGGAUGAUGGGAGUUGGCACCCAGGCCACGUCAAUGGGCUGAAGUGGUCUGGGUGCCUACACUAUCCCUUUAAUAGUAAUUGAAUGACUUUAAACGUCUUCUUAUUGACGUGCAUAUGGGAUCCAAAAAUGUUAUGGUGGCAACUUUAAUGUAAUGUCCCUUUAAUAAUUAUUGCACAAUUCAUUUCUCUUUCUCUGUGUGAGAAGUAUUGACACAGUGCCCCUAAAGCUAGCUCUACGACUGUAUCCUCCUAUUUUUUGCAGGAAGCUAUAAAUACUACCUUUCUUGCCUUUUCCGAUAGAUUUUUCGAUUGAGCCUAGUAGUGUUGGGUGUCUGACAAUUAAAGCUUUGCAUUGUCCCUGGGUCUGCAAGUACCAGGCAUGCGUUGGCAGUAUUUACCACUGAACAGAGGCAGACAAUGUAAUCACUUCUUCACGCAACUAUUGUCUUUAAUUGUGAAAAUGUUUGUUCAUUCACUCGCAAAAGGGCUGUUGUGAUGAGGUCAGGCAUGGGGGGGAGGAUUAGGAGACAGGAAGCCUCUUCCAAUGGGUGUUUAAUGGGCUGAAAUGUGGGUUUAAAAAUAAACUGGCUGUGGGAUGGUUGGAGGAAAUGAAAGGAGAGACAAUAGGACCCCUUUAACCCUUUAUAAUCGCAAACUAUUGAAAGAUCAGUCUCUUAUCGCAAAUACACAACUGGAAUCUUGACUCAUUGACUUUAAACGUCUUCUGUUUGACAUGCAUAUGGAAUCCAAAAAUGUUAUGGUGGCAACUUUAAUGAAUUGUAAAAUCUGUCAAUCACGUGCUUCGUAUUGCUUAAAAAUGUUUAGAUUCCAUUUGGAGAAUGUGUGGGGAUCAAUCCCAGAAUGCAGUGGGUGCAUUACAUGCGGAGGUGAAGCACAUUUCUAUUGAGUAUUAUGGAGCUCUGUCUGUGUUUUUUUUUUUUUUUUUUUAACACUUCAGUAUUUUGAACUGUGCCAAACCAUUUUUUUGCUGAAAAUGAGACCAUUUAGCUGAUGUUCUACAAAUUGAAAUGGCUGGCUGUCAUUCUGGGAUUUGCCACUGCAAGCCACGUGUGCAGAAGACUGAAGAGUUGUCUGGUUGUUUGGGAGAAUGCUUCCUAAAUAAACUUGUUUCUUGUUGUGGGUGUUUUUGUUUUGCUAAAUCAAAGUUUGCUUUGAUAAAAUCCUCAGUUCAGUCCGAGCAUAAACUUCAUUCCUGGCUGCCUGACCCAUUAUAUCUGGCUAUAAUCUCACUUAAAGGGACACUAUACGCAAUGUUUUUUUUCUUUAUUUUUUCCAAGCAGAUCUGUUGGAAUAACCCAGAGCAUCAAACUUUAAUGUACGCUUUAGGCCUACAAUCAAUCUCAAUUUUGGAUCAGUGACAUCUUUUGGAGUCCACAAGGUUCCCAUAAGUCGGUGGGAGGGCUCCAUUUUUAGGCUUGGAUUUUUAAUAUUGUGAUAUGCAAUAGGUGUCUGGCAUUUCAUUGUGCAUGCGCAGGACCUGUGGAAGGCCCUGUGGAAUCUUCUAUAUAACUGUUAUCUUUUGCAUUUAUAUUGAGCAUAAAGAGGGCAAGCCUUCUUACAUGCGUGAGCGCUCAAUGGUGACAUGGUGUCAAAUCUACUUUAAACCAGUUUUAAAUAAAUCUGCAUUGUGAUUUUGUCUCUCAUAGACAACCUAGUGAUAUGUGUACAUGUCUGACCACCUACAAUGAUGUAUUUUAAUGGAGUUAAUCAGUAAACCAUUAUUUGCUGCUAAAAUAUUGGGGCUACCCCACGUUAACCACUUGUCUGCUGUACUCUGUCAUUGUGACUCUGAACAGGUGACUAUGGCCCUGGUGUGAGAGGCGAUCAGCUAGCUGUGAAACGUACACCUGUUGCCGUUAUUGACGCAGCUGUCUGUCUGUGCACCAGCUGUCAAUGGUUGUCCAUAGUGUUUUUCCAAAGACUGUGAGCAGAGAGGAUUCUGGGAGAGGCUGUGCAUACAGCAAGGUCUAGGCUGCUGAUUGAAGUUGGCUGUAGGCACAUGGGUGACUGCUAAAAUGUAAGUGCCAAGGCAGCUGUCAACCGUGUUUGUUCAAUUGGACGCUUCCUUUAACUUUGUUACAAAUCGACGUCCUGCCCUUAGCAGCUGUACGGUUUGCAUAGGAAAAAGCAUUCGAUGUUUAGGUUUACAUAGCUUAUCGAAACAUAGCUUAUCGAAAAAUUUAUUACUGUGGCAGAUUUAGAAACAAACUUAAAUGCAAUGGGAGAACUGUGACCAUUGUGUUUUUUUUUUGUUUUUUUGUUUUUUUUAUCAGACCGUCUUGUUUUAGAGAUUUAUUAUUUACAAUAAAACUCACACUAUAAUUCAUAACGUUAUGUUUGUGGAAUCACAGGUGUAGAAUAAUACGUAGGUUUUUUUUUUUUUUUUUUUUUUUUUUUUUUUUUUUUUUUUUUUUUUUUUUUUUUUUUUUUUUUUGAUCUAUCAUAGUUCCCUUUUUAUGGAUGAAAUAUUUAUUUUAUUCGCUUAAAGUCGUGGUACUUCGGCCUUGAUUUAAUAUUCUUUGUUAAGCUUUCCUAUCAUUUAAUGUUUUGGGCUAAUCAUUUUUUUAAUUUUAUUUCAAUUCUUCAUUUAUGAGUUCAAGGAUUCAGUAGUAAGAGAGUAUAAAGUGACAUAUUACAGUGACAAACCUCACAAUUCCGUACAUUUAAUUGGUUUUGCAUGGUCUCGUACAUGGGGUGAUAGUCAAGUACACUGCAGGCCAAACUGCGAUCUUCAUGUCUGGCUGUACUUAAGUCGUCAUAAAGAGCCACAACUUCUAUUGGCUUUCUCCCAAACUUUUUUUUGUUUUUUUUUUAUAUAGGUUUUAUGAGUAGAAAUAGUAGGAAACAGAAGAGAAAGAGAUGUGGACAGGUACGAGGAUGAGAAAAAGGUUGAGUUAAAAGUAGAGCGAAGGUAAAGACGAGAGAGAGAGGGAGGGGGGUGGCAGGAGGUCGAAGGGGAGGGGCAAGUGCCAGUUUGGUAGUGAUUGAUGGUGACUCCUACAUGGGUGCGCGGAUUCCGUCUUUGCUUAUGUGUUCCCACGUCCGUCUUAGUAGUCUUCCCAGGGUUACCAUAUCUAGCUAAAUGUGGUGUAUGUGUUUCGUACAUGGGCCGUCAUUUUGUCCAUUAAGUAGUUGUCCUUCAUGUUAGCGAUAACCUUGUCCAUUGAUGGUGUUUCUAUACUGAGCCACCCUUGUGCUAAUCUGUCCUUGCUGCUCGUGUAACCUUAUUGACUAAUUUCUGUUCUCGUAUUGUCAGUCCAUCUAAUGGUUUGACUAGAAGAUGUGUACAGGGAUCUUUACUGACCGGUAUGUGUAUGAUGUCCCCUAAGAGUUUUAUUUUAUUUUUUUCUAUCUUUGUCCAGUAUCUGCCUACUUUGGGGAAUCUCACCACAUGUGGAUAUGCAUCCCUUUUGCCCCGCAACCCCGCCAACAAACAUCUGUGGGAGUUUCCCCCAUUCUCUAAUUAUUUAACAGGAGUGGUAUACCACCUCAUGAGCGUCUGUUCCUGCAAAGUCACGCAUAUAGAGACCUCAGCUGGUGCCUCCCAGAUGUCUUGCCAGUUCCCACCCUCUAACGUCGUCUGUAAGUCCGUUUCCCAUUGUGUAAUGUAUGUAAGAGUGUUUUCGUCUUCGUCUGUCAGAGUGGGCUAAACUUUUAAAGGGGUUUGAUAUUAAAUGCAUGAGACUCACUUUAAGUGUGAUGCUCUUUGUUUUACUCUGUUAUAUAACGCAGGGUCAUGUAUUUGGAAUCUGCUCUGCGUUCAGUAUUUUGUUUUUCUUCUUUGUUUAUAUAGGACGUUCUAUGACUUGUUUAAUCCUUUUACAGUCACUUUGCACUGUCUGAAGGUGUAUUAAUCCGUGAUCUUUGUUCUAUCAAGCUGAACUGAAAGCUUUAUUUUUUUCUGUUUACACGUUUUUUUUUCAAAAAAAAAAUUAAAAAAAGAAAGUCGUCAUCAAAGCAGGAAGGAAGGACAUAAAAAUAUUUGGUAAAUUCUUUCUCCGGUCUGUUGCUGGAUUAGAAGGGGGGAGGGUUGUUCUGAGAGGGGGUUUGCUCAGUGACCUUAAUUAAGCCUAGUAAGGACUGAGACUCCAUACUACUCAUUAGUUUCGCUGUUGUUUUAGAACUGGCUUUCUCGCCCAAUUUACAGCCAGAGAUCCCUGUGGUUCCCUGGUAGAAUUAUGGUUGCGCAGUAUAGCCUGGUGUCUCUGGGUGGGAUUGGCAGCUGUUUUGCAGGCUAGACCAGUGGGACCUGGGAUGUUUGGGAGAGAGAAUUUGUGUUACAUGUGUAUCGUUUCCUUAGAUUAUAAUACCAUGGUUUGUUUUCAAUGUGCGUUUCCUUUAAGGAAGCUGUAACUGUAGUACAAUAAACACUCUGCAUGCAAGGUGUGUGUGAGCUAGAUCGAGAGAGAUAUAGAUAUCUAUCGAUCCCUUGACUUCCAGCUGAGGGAUCUCUUAUUUAAACCAACCAAUUGAGUUGGUACAUCGCAUGAUUUAACUGCUUUUAUGCCGGUUGGUUGUUGAAGUGUCGUGGCUGCCUGCUAGGUAGUGUUAUAAAAUGAUGUUGCUUUAAGUUUAACAUUCUUAAAAUCCAUUCUGCAAAACCCCUUUAUUAAACUCUACCCAGUAUCCAAGAGGUUUCCAUUGCACUGCAGAAGGUGGAAGAGCUGGUUCAGUAAAAAAAUUAUCACCAGCAGUUGCCUGUGGCCUAAUGACCUUCAAUGGCGACCUACUGAAAUGACCUCGACAUCUGUCUAUUUUGGGUCCCAACCUAGUGAUUAAGAAGCAUUGUUCUAGGUUAUGUAAUGUAUCUAUAUGGAUAAAUGUGCAUAUUUAAUUUUUAUUUUUUUUCCAUUGUAAUCCCCAUUCCUGAACACAUCCUCGUGCCUCCGCGUUCCCAAGACACUGUCUCUUUGACUUUCACAGUUUAUUGUGAUUUGAUUCAUAUUUCCGAGUCAUGUCAAAUCAAGUCUGGUUUCCGUGUUAUGACUUCAGCACUUUCCGGCUGCUCUAAUGCUCCAUAACCUAUUAACCCUUUAAAUGGUUUUUAGCCUGUCACAAGACUCUGCAGCGUUCAAGCUGUGUUCCGUCAGUUUCACUUGGGGACAAAACUCCAGGUAUGAAGGGCAAAGAAACCCGAAUAAAAAUCCUGUAGGAUGAUGUGCAUUCUUUAGAGAUGCUGCAUUUGGCGGGGGGGGAGAGCGAGAGAGAGAUUGCAGUAUAUGGUGCAGGUGCUGCGAUGUAUGGCAGUGGAGGUUGCGUGGGUGGUAGACACUUCUAUCCCCAAGUGGAAGUCAGUAGGUAGCUUGUGGUUAUACCUGCUCCCCCUAGAAGUAUACCAGUGUAUUGCCCCUGCUGACCACUGCAGGCUUUCGCCCACACUCUGUUAGCACCUCUUAUUUCUGAACCUUCAAACCAGGGUUUGGGAAUUAGAAAGGAUUUAGGGGAUUGCCGGCCAGUCUGUCGGAUUCCGUCUGAUUGCUUUUAAGUUUUUCCAGAUAGACAAAGCCUCCUAGCAAACGUGCUUUCAGUGUGAUGAGCGUUACACCAGACGCUGUGUGACAUGAACAGGGUUUGUAAUUCUUUUCUGUGCACACUGCGCUGCAUUGCAAAUAAUCCUGGGGGGUACUAUAGUAUGUUUUAAUAAGUUCAAACUGGGUUGUGUACUUUACAGAAUAUUUCCAGCCUUAAGGAACACUCACACCUUCUCCUCCGUCACAUCUAGUCGCUCUAGUGGGCGAUAAAUGGCGGAGGGACCACCCUUACCUCGAAUGAAAACAGGCAUGCUUUUAUUGUCUAAAAUCAGCAUGUGUGGUUUGUGUGUGGUUUUUUUUGUUUUUGUUUUUUUUUAACCCAGACAUUCAGUCUGUGCCAUGGAAAAGACCAAACCUUGUUUUUAUUUUUUUUUUUAUUUUAAGGUUGUUUCAAAUCCAUAAACAGUGUAGCAAUUGUUGCCUUUCUGUAUAGUCAAUAUUUCUUUUUAAGGGGGCAAAAAUAAUUGGAAAGAUUACAUCCUUUUUGGCUAUUCACCCUCCCCCCGGGAAACGCAAUAUAUUGCAGUAGAAAUGGUUUAAAAUGUAAUUCUGUGUUUAAAACCGUACAAAACACAUUUAUCCAUAAUAAAUGAUCAUGCUGAUGUGCAGAUUGUUUGGGUUCAGGGUGCCCUGAUGGCAAUGAUUAAUCAGCUGGGUGCAUUUAAUGUUCAAUCCAUCAUACAGAGCAUGGCUGGCUUCUAGUUUGUUCCUGGCAUUAACUUGGAGAACAUGUAAAUUAUUUUCUGUACACAGAAAUGAGUAAAGCGUCCAGGACCGGUUACCUUGAAAUUAGCUGCCAGUAAUCUGGUCAUAAAAUAGGUUUUCCGCUUGUGAGUGAAAUCUGGGGGGCGUGUGGGAGGGAGUUUUUUGGAGAGUGUGCAUGGAGGAUGUCAGGGUUAGUUUGUGUUAAUAAUCUCACUCUAAGUGGCCUAAGCAGUGUGGAGCUACAUGCUUGGGAGGCAAUCAGAUGGAGAUAUGGCAUAUUGUUGCCUGGUUACGUCAUUGGUUAAUAAGUGGGUGCGAACUGACCGUGGCUGCUUUGUAAAUUGAUCACUCUGUGCCUACUUCCACCAUAUCUGCCUGGAUUCCUAGCCAAUCAGCCUCCAUCAUUAAAGCGUUGCAGGGUGUCAGUAUUUGGUAUUGUGGGUCAGCCAUUGGCAGGAGUAGACCAGUGGCCAUAUGGUGUGUUAAGGUGCCAUGCACACGCCCUAACUUGCCUCUACAUACAUGCUAGACAUUGUUACUUGCUGGUAAAUGAAGGAGUGUUUAUCUGCUGAUAUCUACUGCGUGGGAAACCUAAUUUAAUUUUUGUUCUUGAUAUAAUUCGGUGUCUCCUGUCUGCACUUUUUUACAGGACCUGUAACCGGUUUUUGAGAGCCAUCAAGGAAAACCUCUUGUUUCUCCCUUCUUCCCAUCCGCUCUCUCUCGCUUUUAUCUCUGAUCUUGUCACCUCCGAUUAAACUAGUCAACUGCUAAAACAAGAGACUGCUGGGAUGUAACCAGAUAUAAAUGAUUCAGCCCGUGGGAUGUUUCCAGAACUCUGGAUUCUAUAAAUCAUUAUCAGCUUUUAUUUAUAUAGCCCCAACGUUUAAACAUGACGACACGGCCCCCAUUUUUAUAUAUCGCCAAGUUGUAGAUAACAGGCUAGAUACACCUGUUUGAUAUGGGGGCACUGCCCAACGUAUUCUUUACUGUAGAACUUGAUGGGUAUUUUACAUUAUUUGAAACGUUUUGUGCAUCCUUUUUAUUUUCCAGUGUAAAGUUCUGAAUGGUGUGAAUUGUGCGGGCAGGUGGCAAAAUAUUGGAUGAAGUUUUAAAAAAAGAGAAAAAUCCCAGCUUCUGAUUCCUUUGUAAUCAUUGGUUUAUGUCCCUGUGUCAUUGUCUUUCUUGGUGUCCCCUUUUUGAUUUGAGGCAACCACAUCUCUUUUGCUCAUAAAUGAUGGUACUUGUUUUUAAAGGGACACUGCAGGCACUGUAACCACUGUAGUCAAUUAUACUAUUACAGCUUAUUGUGAUUUUAGGUGCUGUGCCGACAGUUUUUGUCUAACCGUUCUACAAUAAGUGUCUUGACAAAAAAGAGGAUUCCUUUGUACCCAAAGAACUCCCUUUCGGAUUAAUGCCCAAAAGUGCAACUGAGUUCUAGUAUUACAUUGUAGGGGGAAAAAAAAGUAUUAAACUGUUUAACGAAUGGAUACACAAAGCCAAUAUGGUUCCAGGGUUUUAUUUAGAGGCCAUAAUCCACUAGGAGAGAACAUUUUAGCUUAAAGACAAAACAUUACUUUAUUUGUGCCCAUUCUUUCUACAAUUCGCCCGUUCAGCUUGUGGUGGGGAGAGUGCGAGUGGUCCUACGUUUUGAUAUAGGUUUGUGUAGGGCUUGCUCUGCUUGUUUGUUAUAUAAAUCUUUUAUAGCAGAAAGUAGUGUGAUGUCCACUUUUUUCUAUAGCUCGUUCCCACCUCUGAACCUACUGGAAUCCGCUUUCCAAAUGUCCAUGGGAGCCGAGGUGUGACUGUAUGAAUUCUUCAAUUGUUUAUUUAAAAAAUAUGGAAAAAUGAUUUAAACAAAUGUGGAAUUGGUGUUUACUGAAUCAACGCCCAGUGGAAAAUGAGCAGUAGAGCGGAAGUUUUGGAUCUGGGGACGAGCUGCUGAAAUAAAGUCACAGAACUGGUGAUAAGACUUUAAUUUGCAGGAGAUUUACAGGGGGUCAUUUUGCUAAAACCCCAAAUAAGCAUCCAUGGGCACUGCAGUUUGUGUCGAGAUGGGUAAGAACAAUGGGAGUUGUAGCUCUCUGCGUUGAGAUUUCUGAAGGUCGCUGACUGCUCUUGGUUAGAGUACACCGCGAUUUCCUGAAAACACGGUCUCUUUGUGUAAACCACGUUUUUAGGUGUUGUUUGUGAUCACGUGACUGCUGUAUACGGUGAUGUCAUGUCUGCGGCUCUCAGGCACACAGCAAAAUCAUCCACCACCGCCCCCUCCAGAAUAGCUAAGCCCUAAUAAGCCUUCUAUUGUCAAAGAGCCAGAUUUGUUGUGUCAAAUUCUUUUUUUUUUUUUUAAAUUUUUUUUUUUUUUUUUAACCUGUGUGCCCCUGGGCAAUACCCAUCAGUAAUCUGCAAUGCUUUGUAUUUGCCAGUUUACGGACUCUAUAAUAUGCCCAAGCCUUAUUGCACUGUACUGUGCAGGUCGUGAAGAAGAGGUUAAAUAGAAUUGCCCCCCUCCACCCUCCACAUUGUGCUUUGUGAGGAUUAACGGACAGACAGGGAUUUAGUCUCUGUACAUCGAAGAUCCCCAUUGAAAGAGCUGCACGUGUCAUUUAUUUCCACCUAUACUUGGUCAUGACAGCAACAAUUGCUUAAAGGGUAGAUGGUGCUUGACAUGCGUAAAUGUGUGAUUUAGGGGUGGGCUAGCUUUGGAGGCUCCCAUUGUGUUUCGUACAGAUGAGGGCAUGACCUUGUCCCCUUUCUGUAUGAAGAUAAUUUGUUGCGCUCAGCCUUUUUUUUUUUUGUGCAGACUGGAAAUCCUACGGGAAAAGCUGAAUGUAAAUCGAAAAAAAAAAACUUAAGCAAUUUAUUUUUUUCUUCAUUUUCUAAAUCUCUAAACUAUCGUAAUUACACGACACAGUCCAAGUUACAGUGACUGAUCUUGUUGAUGCAUCACCAUAACUUCACCUUAAUCACUAUGUGUUUUUGUUACUUUUGGGACCUAGAUUGUGCUGGUUCUAAAAGCAGAAUCAAUGUGUUGGUUUUGUUUCUUUGGAUAUUUGGAUUCACCCACCAGAUCAGAUCUCUGCCAUAGACUUGCCUUAGAAGUGGGAAUCUUUGUGUUAAGUGCUACCCUCUGGCAUCGACAUCAUAAAUUCAGGCUUGUGCCGGGUGGAAUAUUUUUGUAGACAUUUCAAUUCCAUAAUUUUAGAGCCAAUGACCGAUUUUUGUCCUGAGACUCUGAAGUUGGGAUGGAGGUAUAGAGACUUCAAACAUGGUGCCUGUGUAGAAACUGUGGGGUAAUAAAUAACUGGUGACCUGCAUAGUUCAUAUAUCCUUUGUUAUAUAUGUGUAUACCUCACUGACAGAGUUAAUGUUGACUCUUUUUCAUGUCUUGUCAGUGACCGAUAUCGUAUGGGACUUGAAUCUGUAAUUUUUUAAAAAUAUUUUUUGGUGUAGUUAAUGCUUUUCUGUCACUGUUUGAAUAUUUUUCACAUUUUGCGUAGAAUGUUUCCCCCAUAUAGAUUAAUUUGCUGCCGGAGGAAGUAAGGGUGGAGGCCUUAUGUGAGAACAGACUGAACUAGAUCUACACAUGUCAUAUCACUUAGCGACGGCAGGCUCUGUCAUUUUCCUUUCAAACAAUGCAGGAAAAUCGUCUCUGGAUCCAGUCGUUACAGUGGAAACAUAUUGUGCCGUCAUUUGUGUUGAUUUUGCCAAGAAUCCCUUCAAUAACCCCUUAUUAUAAUUAACUCUUUCAAUACCAGAAUCUCGUGUAAACUUUUUUUUUUUUUAGUUUCAUGAAUUUUACUGAAUAUAAUCUAGUCCAUAAACCCUCACUCACCCUCAUGUAUACUCUAGUUCUCAUUACCAACCUGUAGAGGAACACAUUUUUCUGACAGAAGUCACUAGUCACAGAUGUAAUAACUUUAAAGUUGUGAAAAAUGGCAUCUCACCCUCCACAUUCAACCGGUACAGGAAGUGUCAUUGGGCCAUACCAUUCUUCCAGCCAGAAAGAGGGAUAUGAAUGGACUCUACCAUGUCACUGUCCGGAUUACAAUAUCAGUCUAGACUCUAAAGAUUGAUUAACAAAAGUGCUAUAACUUUUUUAAAUACCUUUUUAUUUUUGAAGUUGUAUUUUUGUUUUUCUACUAACAUUUCUGUGUGAAAUAUUGAAAGAUAAAGGACACUGUAUACUGUCAAACUUCAUUUCCCAAAUAUUUCUAUAAGGCUGAACAAAUAAAUGGAAAAAUAAAUAAUUGUUUACAUUUUACAAAUUUUUACAUUUAUCUACAAAGCAAUACAUGCAGAAAAUAGCUGUUUUUAUGCUAGUUCCGUAUCCCUUGUUAUCAAUAAAUGAUUUGCUAAUUUUUUUUCGAUCAAACAAUGCUCAGUAGUGAAGGGGUUAAUACGGGGAAGUUAAAGAUCAGAUCAUUUCUCUGGUAUUUCUCGAAAUUAAAAAGGGUUUUGUGUGUAGGAAGAAAUUACUUUCAGUAAUCUGUAUCAGUCAGUAAUCUGUAUCAGUCAGUAAUCUGUAUCAGUCAGUUCUGCUGAAGAUUUAAGUGUGCCACAUUUUCAAGUUGGAAAAGUUUUUUUUUUGUUUUUUUUUUGUUUUGUUUUUUUAAAGUAGGGUUAGACAGCCUUCAACACUCCAGAUGUUGUGGCCUACAUCUCCCAUGAUGCUUUACCAGCAUUGUAUAAUGUAAGGGCAUUAUGGGGGAUGUGGUGCACAACAUCUGUGGUGUUGAAGGCUGUGUACCCCUGUUUUUAGGCAACACUACAGCCCACUUUUUAAACUGUUCCCACGAAACGGUUCAAUGAAAUUGUAAAUCUUUUCAGUAAAACAUUCACCUAUAAUUUGUGUUAAUCUCUCUUCAUGUUAUGAUUUGUUAUCUUUUAAAUUGAUAUUUAAUUGUUAAAUCUAGGGAUAAAUAAUCCUAAUAUGUAGUACAUACUGCGUAGAUUUUUACAUUUUCUGCAGACCGGCUUUGCUCUAUAGUAGGGGUUGCAAACCCAGUCCUCAAGUACACCCUACCAGUCCAGGAUUUAGGGAUUAACCUACAUUUGCAAGAAAAACCCUUUGGAAUGAUAUGGAUUUCUGCACAAAUUUGUCAUAAAAUGUGAUCUGAUCAUCAUCUAAGUCACAGCAAUAGACAAUCACAGUCUGCUUAAACUAAUAAACACACAAAGAAUGAAAUGUUGCCAUGUUUUUAUUGAACACACCAUGUAAACACUCACAGUGCAGGUGGAAAAAAUAUGUGAACGCUUGGAUUUAAUAACUGGUUGAACCUCCUUUGGCAGCAAUAACUUCAACCAAACGUUUCCUGUAGUUGCAGAUCAGACGUGCACAACGGUCAGGAGUAAUUCUUGACCAUUCUUCUUUAUAGAACUGUUUCAGUUCGGCAAUAUUCUUGGGAUGUCUGGUGUGAAUCGCUUUCUUGAGGUCAUGCCACAGCAUCUCAAUCUGGUUGAGGUCAGGACUCUGACUGGGCCACUUCAGAAGGUGUAUUUUCUUCUGUUUAAGCCAUUCUGUUGUUGAUUUACUUCUAUGCUUUGGGUCAUUGUCCUGUUGCAACACCCAUCUUCUGUUGAGCUUCAGCUGGUAGACAGAUGGCCUUAAGUUCUCCUGCAAAAUGUCUUGAUAAACUUGGGAAUUCAUUUUUCCUUCAAUGGUAGCAAUCCGUCCAGGCCCUGACGCAGCAAAGCAGCCCCAAACCAUGAUGCCACCACCACCAUACUUCACAGUUGGGAUGAGGUUUUCAUGUUGGUAUGCUGUGCCUUUUUUUUCGCCACACAGUGUUGUGUGUUUCUUCCAAACAACUCAACUUUGGUUUUAUCUGUCCACAGAAUAUUUUGCCAGUACUGCUGUGGAACAUCCAGGUGCUCUUGUGCAAACUGUAAACGUGCAGCAAUGUUUUUUGUUUGGACAGCAGUGGCUUCCUCUGUGGUAUCCUCCCAUGAAAUCCAUUCUUGUUUAUUGUUUUACGUAUUGUAGAUUCGCUAACAGGGAUGUUAGCAUUUGCCAGUGACUUUUGUAAGUCUUUAGCUGACACUCUAGGAUUCUUCUUCACCUCAUUGAGCAGUCUGCGCUGUGCUCUUGCAGUCAUCUUUACAGAACGGCCACUCCUAGGGAGAGUAGCAGCAGUGCUCAACUUUCUCCAUUUAUAGACAAUUUGUAUUACCGUGGACUGAUGAACAGCAAGGCUUUUGGAGAUACUUUUAUAACCCUUUCCAGCUUUAUGCAAAUCAACAAUUCUUAAUCGUAGGUCUUCUGAGAGCUCUUUUGUGCGAGGCAUCAUUCACAUCAGGCAAUGCUUCUUGUGAAAGGCAAAUCCAGAACUGGUGUGUGUUUUGUAUAGGGCAGGGCAGCUGUAACCAACACCUCCAAUCUCAUCUCACUGGCUGGACUCCAGUUGGCUGACAUCUCACUCCAAUUAGCUCUUGGAGAUGUCAUUCGUCUAGGGGUUCACAUACUUUUCCCACCUGCACUGUGAAUGUUUACAUGGUGUGUUCAAUAGAAACAUGGCAACAUUUCAUUCUUUGUGUGUUAUUAGUUUAAGCAGACUGUGAUUGUCUAUUGCUGUGACUUAGAUGAUGAUCAGAUCACAUCUUAUGACCAAUUUGUGCAGAAAUCCAUAUCAUUCCAAAGGGUUCACAUACUUUUUCUUGCAACUGUAUUUUGUCUAAAAAUAAAAUAAAUUUUAUUUUUUUUUAAAUUUUUUUUUUUAAAUAUCCAAAAACUAGGUAAUCAAUAAAUCCUGGACUGUUGAGGGUACUUGAGGACUGGGUUGGGAACCCCUGCUCUAUAGCCUCUCCACGCAAAAGUUCAACUAACAUGAAUGGUACUGGGCUCUCGAAUAUUUUGAGGUCUUCACAAAUGUUUUGCCUUAGUUCUCCAAACCGUUAGCUGUGCAUUUUCCCCAGUUAUCAUUAAAUUUUUGAUAAAUACCCACACAACUGAUUUUCGAAAUAGACUGCCUGCCAUCUCUACCUUUAACCCCUUAAGGACCAAAAUUCGGGAAUAAAAGGGAAUCCUGACACAUGUCAUGUGUCCUUAAGGGGUUAAAUCUAUUUUAACCCUCUUCUUGUCUGAGAGAGCCCCUCACCCUCAGCAACUGUGGUCAAAGCUUCAAGUCGGGAGGUUUCACUGUGUGACUGCUUGGAAUUUCUGUUAAUGAAUAUAGCCCUGUUUUUAUUAAAUUGUAUCUUGCUUCCCUGCCAAUGUUUCCUGUACUAAGACAGAUGGGGGAUUCCAGUAUUCAUGUAGUGAUUUUAUAAGGUUUAGAACAGCUGUGAGGAAAAGUUAUCUCUAACCCUCCUUAUCUCCCUCUAUACACUAUCUGUCAUUGGAACCUCCCAUGGUGUCCGACAGACAUUUAGCCCAUGGUGUGCCACACUGCUCACCUUGUGUUCACCAACCUCCUGUUUUUAACUUGGAACCAUUGUAUCAGAAUGCUGUAAAAGGUUCAUCCACUCUGGACAUUUUCUUGGGCUAUGGAACUGGCUUUCAAUCAACGUAGUGUUAUUUUUGUAGCUCAGAAAAACUGUCAAUGUUGAAAUUUGGCCUUGAGUCUUUCAUAUAUUUUGAUUGUGACUUUCUGUGAAAUAUAAUUCAUUCAGAAGGUGUAAUAUUAAACUGUCACUUUAAAUAACUGGGGGUUGUGGAUAAAAAUGAUGGCAUUUAGUGCACAUGUGCCAUGAUCUUAUGUUUAAAACUGUUAUUCCUUAGUUUUUAUAUUGGUGACUUUUUACUGCCUUUUCUGUAAUGGACCAAAUAAUUUCAUAUAGAACUAGGAAUUAUUCCUCAAACCGGAACACUGUGAAAGCUUUUUAAUUGUCUUGGAAAACUGCUACAGUGGCAAAAAUAAUUGUAGUAGAAAGCGGCAUUUUGCGGCACCAUAAGCCUGCCUCUUUGACCAUGUGCCUUUUCCUCAGAAAAGACCUCCUUAUCAAAUGUAUGUACAGAGCUCAGCCACUGACAGUACUGAAUCAUCUGAGCUGUAAAACAACCUACAUCAGGAGAGGACGCCCAGGGAGACCGUAAGGAUAUCACUACCAGUUUGUAGUUUUUCUGACUUUACAGGUCACUCAGUGCUUUUGGGGCUGAGACUGUGUGCAUACGUCUGAUAAGGAAGUCUUUCUAGCCUGAGGAGGUGUGGCUAAAGAGGCCGGCUUAUGGUGCAGAUUUCUGCAAAACAUUUAUUUAUUGUGCAAAAACCAUAAAGAUUUCAGCAUGCAAAAAAAAUACAGCAUUCGAAGUCUAAUUUUUAAGGAUUUAUAUACCAAUGGUCACUUAGAUGUAAGCUUAUUUUGGUUAGGGGAGAUAAAAAAUAAAAUAGUUAGUGACAUGACAUAUUCUGUAGUUAAAGUGUAAAUUCAGCAGGAAUCCAGAGGUCGACAUGCAAUCUGGUUGCUUGAAUGUUCCUUUCUCUGGAGGGAUAUUUAAUUAUGCCAUUGUAAUGAUUAUUUUUAGUGCAAACAGACUUGUUUUCUUGCACGCCUGUUUCUGCCGUAACUAUAGUUACUGCAGACUGCCCAUGGUCCACAAGACGUCCUUUUAAAUACCAGUGCUCCUAAUUUUCCAUCCACUUGUUCCAAAGGACAUCAGUUCUAUAAAUAAUAUUCUGUAAGGAUUACAGUAGGGUUUUUUUGUGUUUUUUUUUUUUUUUUUGCUAGACUGGAGAAACUGGCUAUUUCUGCAGUUUCCUCUGGGGUCAGGUGAGCUAACAGUGCCUGGUGCUUUAAGUGUUAAUGGAAUAAAACGUAAAUUGUUUAUUCACUUCAAGUGCAGUUUUGUAAAUAAACAAGCAGAAGAUUUGUACAAUUUUGGUCUAAAUGUUCUGUUUACAUUUUAUUAAAAAGAACCAUUAUAAUUAUCAUAUUAUAAUUUGUAUUAAUCCGUUUCAGCUUUUGAACUGUAAACAUUAAAAUGUGGUGAGGGAGAGCAAUGUAUAAAUGUAGGGUGAUAAUUAAUUGGCUGCAGUGUAUUCAGCUAGUUAUCAAGCCUUGAAUUUAACGGAGUUGCAUAUAUGCAGAGCCAAUCCUCCAGUUUGUCCUAAUUACCUGAUUUUUGCCUUGUCUUGCCCAUGAAUAUUUGUGAGUUAGAAACAUUUGAAGUGUAUCUAAACAGAGAACGGAAUGGCUGCUCGGGCAGUGCUGCUGUUAUAAUUAGUGAAUUGCUAAUGGGUCGCACUAAUUUCAGAAUAAAAUCCGAGCUGCAUUCUAUCAAAGGCAUUUCUUGGCAUGCUUGUGUUUGCAUUUCACUGGAAAACAUGUAAUUUCCAAAAUGCUUUAAUUGCAAAGAGUUUUCCAUUGUGUGUGUGUGUGUUGCACACAGGGCUUUUCAUUUUGCCCAAAUUAUGCAGCAAUGGAAAAAAAAAUGUGAGAAUUUUAAUGAAGUUAUUUAGUGAAUAACUGAUUACAGAUGGUCUCCGAUACGUUGAAUUCUUGCCGUCUUCACUUGCACUUCUGGAUUCUAGUAAAUUCAGUGUCAAUGGCGCAUUUUCUAAAUUAGGGAAACUUGUAACCAGUGAGUUUUCCAAAAAAUGAACCAUGUACACCUUGCACGUAGUCUUAUUGAUGGCAAUGGUGACCUUAUCUGACUUUCUAUUGGUGCCGAUAUGUAUGUCCAUUUCUGAGCUGUGCACUUUUAGUGGCUGUCUUGUGCAGAGCUGUGAUUUUUUUCUAAAUGCCAUCAUGCAUGAGGUGAGAAUGGAUUUAAAUAUGUAUAAUUUUAACUGGCUCCUCGUGUUUCAAAAUUGGAUUGUGGGUUUUUUAUUUUUUUUUAUUUUUUUUUUAAAUUUCCUUUUCGGUAUGUUUUUGAGAGAACUAGACAUUGCAUCUAAUCUGCUUCACCGUACAUUAUCAAUUGUCUUGUUUAUAAUGUAAGAACAGUAUUUCAGACCCAAUGAACAACAUUUAUAACAAAGUGUGAAUGGGAAGAUAUAUAUAAUUUUGUUUAUAAACACCUAGUGCGACAAAGUACCAGUAUGUACUUUAUGGUCUUGGUGAUGUAUAAUAUCUCUUCCCAUUGCUUAUCCAGUCAUCCAAUAUUUUAUGCUGCUUAACCCUUUGAGUGUUUGGGCACAAUCUGCCAUUAAACGUGAUAAAGGGUCAGUCAUAGCACAGAACGUUCCCUGCAGUCUCUCAUUUCCCACCGAGAGUGACUUCUAACUGCAGUUUUCCCUUUUACAAGAACCGUCCAACUUGUGCAUACAGCUCUCCUGGAAAGAGCCAGGGCUGCAGCGAUGCACAUGGGUGGUUAGGGGCUCAGUAAUUGAGAUUUAUUUAAUUUUUGGCCUGAAUUUUGCAAUUCUGUGUUAAGGUCCCUAGAAGUGUGUGUGUGUGUGUUCGGAUUCGUGGCAGUUCAUGACUCAGCUGUAGUCACGGAGCAGCCCAAUAAGCUUAUUCACUAAACCGUUACCUGCAGCACAUGGAAUAUAAAAAGUGAUGCUGAAAUGGCAAAUUUCGAAAAACAGAUAAAUGGGAAUUUUUUUUUAAUUUUUUUUUUUUAAUUUUUUUUACAUUGUCGUUCUUUUGUCCGAUGUGUUUCAGUUGUUUUUAAAUUCACAGUGAAUAAACAUUACGGUGUCAGAUUGGCAGACACAAUGUGAUGUUUGGAGCAGAUCACCUGUCUUUAAUGAGUCCAAUUUCCCUUGCAGGCUGCGCUGUUCUGGCAGUGGAGCUCAGUACAAGCAAUCAGAAUCCAGUGGUCGAGGAAUAUCAAAGUAAGUAAAUGGGGUGACGGCGUUUUAGAUACUGUGAAAACAUUCUGUAAUCCAGGCAAGCACUACAGCACCCAGUAUAUAGUAAAAAUUGAUAGAGCUGAUCUGAGAUCAACAGUUCAGGUUAUGGGGAAGGACUCAUCAAAAUAUAUAUAACCAAAAAUUCCAUAAAUCAAGUGUAACGGAUCCUGCUAUCCCUGUAGGAAAGAUCCCAAUCCCCCAAACAUGAGUAGAGACUUCAUGAAGGGGUAAAACGAUCUGGUUUAAUGCUGACCACAGCUCUGCCUUUUAUGAUGGUCUUCCAGCAAGAAUUACUCCCACAGGGACCUUGUAGAAGACUGUGACAAAUACAGUAACCAAUCAUUUAUUAUUGCAAUAAUAAACACACCCACACAAACAGUGAAAUCCCUCCUCUCUAUCCUGGAGAUAAUUGGCUUAAGUGGCAAGAGUAAACGUAUUUAUCUCCAGGUAGAGAGAAAUACUUUCUUUUUCCAUUAUAACAAAACUGUAUUAAAAUCCAUAACUUAUAUUUCGCCUAAUGAAGUCCCCAUGUUCAAUAUACCCCCAGAUAGCAUGGAUCUGAGUGCACAACAUAGUCGAAUAGCGCUUAGAUCCCACGAACACCAUUCAGACGCCAUGGAGUUAAAGAUUUAGUUCACCAGUUGUUCGUGAAAAUGGCUUCAGCUACCUGGGGUCGGUCUUUCGUAUAUAAAAAUGUCCUGAACAGUAUAGGGUUCGUGCACUACGAGACGAACGCGAUGGAUGUGGGUAAGUCUCAGCAGUGUUCGUAUGAAAAUGUGUCCGAAAAUAGUUCCAUACUGUCAACGACAAUGCACCGCUGGGCGUUCGAUUUAAAAUGGCCGCCGCCACAUGUUCGAAAAAUGAACGAUGACCACCUAGCCGUUCAACAAAUACUUGUGGUUAACUGCAAUGGCUGGGUGGUUAAUGAGCUGCACACAACCAUUGAAGGUGGUCUGAUUGGUGAUUUAUUCGGUUAUUUGCAAUAAAAGUGUGAAAGGGGCAAACACACGAAUAACGUACAAAAUAACUGUCUCCAGCGAUUUUGCAAAAGAGGGGUUUUGUCACAUCAAGUCCAUCCAUUUUCCCAAGAAACAAGUUUGAUCCAAAAUGUAUCUUAUUGUUUAAACAGAUGAAGUUACACUUUUAUAUAUAUUUGUGGUUUAUUUGAAUAUUUCUUUAAAGUUAUUUUUUUUGGUUAAAGUGACACUAGGCACAGAAGCUAACCUGUUAAAUCCAAUAUAUUGGUAUUAAAUUAAUAUACAUGGCAAAGAAAUAAAUUAAAUUUUACCCAACCUGAAGUGACUCCAGACAAAAUGUAUCAAGUUUUUAUAUCAAGAAACUCAAGUCAUGAUAUAAUGUGCCAUGCUAAUAGAGAAUCCCUGGAGGUUAAGGAGGAGGAACAGGUGUCUGUAUAGUAAUGUGUAUCAUUCGUGUUUGGUUGUGUUUUUUUUGGUGACUUUCAUUAAGUGCUAUCAUAUGAGAUUUUUAUGAAUGAUGACUUCAGCGAAGUUGAGUUCAUGUUAAUGUCCCUGUGUGUUUUUCGCAGGUGUCGAGCUGUCCUGUAUCAUUAAAAGUACCACCACAAAUGAUCCCAGAAUUGAGUGGAAGAAAAUCCGAAACGAUGAGACAUCCUACGUGUAUUUUGACAACACAAUUCAAGGUUUUAUUUAUUAAAUUCAUUCCUAGAUUAACGCUUGGAUCUGUCAUAUAGAAUAUCUGGCCUGGCUUUGCUUUCAUUAAGAUGGGGCAGCUUCAGGCCCUUAGUAAAUAACUGUUUUUAAAAUAAAUUAAAAAAAAUAUAUAUUUUUCUUUUUAAUGAUGUGUUCAUGGCUUGUGGUAUCGUGUGUGUUCAAGUAGAGAUUGUAGAGAUAGAGAGAGAGAGAGAGAUAGAUAUAUAUAUAUAUAAAUGCAGUUUCUCCUGACAUACUGUCUUUAUAAUGCAACUUAACUAUAUGUCAUUGUCACACAAUGUUGGUUUCUGCUGCACUCCAAAAAUAAAGAAUAUUAAAAAAAAUACAACAAACACAUGAAAUAUAGUAAAAACAAAGUAGUCUCCGUAUCCAAUGCGUUUUGUCCUGUGGUGGACUUCUUCAGGGAUGUAUCCAGUGGCCUUGCUUUAAGGGCAGAUUUUCAGCAUCUGAUCUUGCGCACGUUGCACCCUGGAUCGCAUUAGGCCUUUCAGGAUCGUGACGACUCCGGUGACGUCACGUCCUCUUGAUUUUGGCAAGAACCAGCUUCUGUUUGGAGAUCGGACGUACGUCUACAUGAAAGGGUUUUGUUUUUUGGGGGGGGGGAGGGUGGGUGGAAAUAUAGUCUAAAACUUUGUGUUAUUGUCCCUGUAUUUAUACUGUAUGAUCUUUGUCCAGUUUUCCUUCUUGGUAAAGAUAGUAUUUCGAUGCUAAUCUUUAGUCGGUGAUAUUUAUACAAUCUUUACUAGGUGACCAGUUGAUGGGAGAUUUGUUUUCUUUAUAUAGAGUUGCUAUAGAGGGGAGGUUGAUGGCUUCCAUUUUAUUUUCUCCUUUUCCAUGUGUUGGGACUUCUAGAGUCUGUAUCCUCGGAGUCACUGUGGAUGCCCCGACACUUUGCAUUUCAAAUAGAUAAGCAAGAAUAGGAAUCUAAUCAAAAGUGUUUAUUGCACCAGCAUGUAAGCCGACAUGCUAUGUAAAAAGGAAUUGUAAAUACCCUGAGAGGUUUAAAAUGGUGCCCAAACUGCUGCUUUGAUAGUCCAUCCCGGUGUUUGUGUAUUGGAUAUAAUUAUCUAUUGCUCUGUCGUUCACUGCCUGAAACUGUGAUUGCUCAUACAGUGUAAAUCUUUUACCAGGGGAUCUUAAAGGGAGAGCUAAAAUCCAGUCAAAGAGUUCUCUGGUAAUUUUAAAUACCAGCAGAUCAGACAAUGGCAAGUACCGCUGCGAAGUGGCUGCCGUCGAUGACAGUAAGAAGAUUGAUGAGAUUAACAUCUUCCUGACUGUGAAAGGUGAGGCACAGCAUACCCAUGUCAUGUGCCGUGUGCGAGCGUGUUUUGACAACUUGAUCCAGUAUCUCUCAUUGUCUAAUCGAUAAUAACAUUGUCUCCGUGUUUUGUUUUUCUUCACCCAGUAAAACCUGUUGCUCCCAAGUGUACUGUACCCAAAUCUGUCCCCGUGGGUAAAUCUGCUGCCCUGCACUGCCAGGAGAAUGAGGGGUACCCCAGUUCUCUCUACAGUUGGUAUCGCAAUAGUGACCCUCUGCCCAAUGACUCAAAGACCAACCCGAAAUUCUUAAAUUCUUCAUUCACACUUGACCCGAAGACCGGUACCCUAGUAAGUUGGUCAAUUAUUUUUAUAUCCCAUUUCAUUUUCUAACCCACAUAUUCAAGCAUUCCGUGAGCACCCCACUGAGGACUCAAUCUCCUGACGUAUAUUGUUAUAUUAACUAGAGUUUAAAGGGAUUCUAUAGUGCCCCCCUCCCUUGCAGCUGAAGGGGUUAAAACCCUUUUAGUCAAUUACCUGAACCUUCCCUUAAAGUAGGAUGUGGCUGUCAGUUUGAUGUACCUUAUUUUGAUAACCUACCUAGCCACUAGGGUGUCGUCCUAUAAUCUCUCUCAUUUCCCUUGUUUUAGACAUUUUCUGCGGUAAGUAAAGGGGACAUGGGACGGUAUUACUGCAUUGCCAGCAAUGACGCCGGUUCAGCGAAAUGUGAUGAACAAGUUCUGGAAGUGUGUAAGUAAUCAAUGUACUCACCAUUGUUGGUCUCUUGAUGGGCAGAAUUAAACACCAACCCGUACCGAGUUUUGUAUGAGAGUUGAGCAAUUGCAAUACAGUUUAUAUAUGAGCUAAUGCAUGAAACUAUUUCUGCUACUAAUACAACAGGCCAACAAUAAAUAUGCAAUACUUUCUAUUUAUUUUUGCAAUUAUACUUCUGCAUGGGGGGGGGGGGUGGUGUGACAUAGGAGUCUACGAUCUAGGUGACUCUCAGCUCAGUCCACCAACAGCCCAAGAUUUUGGCAUUUCAUCGUUCUAUUCCAGUGAGAAUACUGACAAAUCCAGGACCCCUAAUGUACCUUGAGAACUGUUGGGAAUCCCUGCUCUAGUCAUCAUCUAGCUAAUCUAUUGAGGGCUUUAAAAAAGCAAACUGCUUCCAUCCAAGCAUUAAUGGGCGUAACAAUCCGACCCUUCCUUUUUCAUGCUUUGUACUUUGCAUUAAUCUUCUUCUCAUUUAGAUUUAUUGACACUCUUUUGCAGAUGAUCUGAACAUUGGAGGCAUUGUAGGAGGAAUAUUGGUUGUCGUGUUGGUCCUGUCCUUAAUCACCGCUGGCAUUUGCUGUGCCUAUCGGAAGGGUUACUUUGCGAGCAACAGCCGUUCCACUGGACAGAGGUGCGCAGUUAUCUUGUCUAAUCCGUGGCAGGGACGGAUAUAGCCUUACCACCGCACGUUUCUAAAUCCCUUUAGGCUGUCUGAGAACAGCAGGAAAUGCAGUUCACAAAGGAGUGUAGUGGUGUGUUCAUCACUUUUAUAAGGAAGGAAUGAAUUACACAUCGCUUAAUGUGUCCAGGUGCCACAUAGUAACAUGUAACCAUACCUCCAAUUAUAUAGCCUUACUACAUGCCGUCCUGUAACGACAAUUAUUGACUUUCUGAGCAAAGUGCUGUUAAUAUGCUAUGUGAACUCUUGCUAUUCGAGAGGUGUCCAAAGUGAAAUACUGUCAGGACUUUACUUUUCAUACACACAUUUGAAAUACAGCAAUUACUACAGUCCUUAGGUUGAAAUAUUUUAGAUUGAAAAUGUCCUAAUUGAAAGAGUUGAAGAUGCAUAUCAGCCCAAUAGGGAACACCAUCGUCAAUGAGCACAAACAAUCUAGAAAUAUGAUUCAGUCUUGUCUGUCAGGUUCUUGUUGCAUAUCAGACUACAUUAGCUGGCAAAGUAUUGAAAAUAUGGAGAUCUGGUUUUUAGCCAGGCAGCUAUAUUUACUUUGUGGCAUUAUACCUACAUAUCAAGGGUAUAUUCUGUCAUCUGGGGAAUCUACAUUUUCAGAUGUACCAGUAGAAUCUUUAGAAAUACCUGUGCAGAGAAUUAAGCAGUUUUGCUAGUUCUCGUGUCAUGUAUACGGUGUUCUAAAAUUGAUAUUUUGUCUUUCUGUAUUAACUGAACCUAUUCUAGUGGGAGGUUUGUAAGACAGCGUAGCAUACACAUGCUAAUAUUUCAUAGCCUUCCCGAUCAAUAUUCUAAAUUAAUAUAAAUACAUGUGUACAUAUUGCUAUAGAGAUCACCGAACAGUGUAUUCAUGAAAUUGCUGUCAUAAGUUAAAGUGGUUGCUGUGCAGUGAGUAACCCAAGAAUAAAACCAGUUAAUCUAAUGGGUUUUCUUUUCUAAACAGCUUCAAGAAUCCUGGAAAACCAGAAGGGGUUAAUUACUUACGGACAAACGAUGAGGUGAGUUAUAAAGUGCUCUAGCUCAUCAGCUAUUCUUAAAGGGACACUCUCUCAUUGAAGUGGUGUGGGUGCAGUGUCCCAGUCCCACAAUGUAAAUCAUUACAGAUUUUGAGAAACUUCAAGUUACAUUGCAGGACUAAGACUGCCUCUACUGGCACUUCCUGGUUUUUGGUCACAUAAAUGAUUCUAGACAUCUAGUGUCCGUAAAAUCCUUGUAGGAAACUUUUGAAGCAAUGUGCCCUAGGUGCAUCCGUUGAUCAGUCACAGGAGCGGGUGGGGUCUGUAGGCUAUUCUCUAUUUCACAGGAUACUAAAUUUAAAAAACCAAAAACUCAAAAUUGUAAAUUUGGUUGGAUAUAGCUUAAUUUUAAAAGGCAGAAAUAUUAUGUUUAACUGACACCUGAAUCAAUUUUUGUACGUUUCAUAGUAGCCUUUGAAAAGUGAAGGGAAAUCAAACAGUAAACAGAGACCCAAAGUGAGGGCUAGAGAUUAAAUUUUGCUCUGACAUGCAUGAAUACUUGCAGGGCGACUUCCGACACAAAUCUUCAUUCGUCAUCUGAGCUGUCCAGCUGUGCAAGGCCAUUAACUGCCUGCUAGAAUAUUGCACUCCGAAGGGUGAAGACAUCCCAUCAAUGAACUCUUGAGAUUUGCCAAAGUCUAUAACCAGACCAUCCUCCGUUGGAAACUAGCCUGACACCUUGUGGAAUAUAAACAGCCUUGGUGAUACAGGCCUGUGUAUAAUAAGCGUGAUUUCUAGAACAUUACGUAUCCAGGAGACUGAAGUCUCUGCUAAACAAGCACAGACUGUUUUGAAGUUCCUUUUACAGUAUUAACAAUGUCACUGCCAAAAUGGACAUACUGAGCCUUGAGAAAACGUUGCUUCAAACGAUGAGGCAGAGCAGCACCGGGGAAAAUUCAGACUGCGAUUUGUUAGAACUUCACUGCAAAUUUUUCUUCUGUGGUUAAAUAGUUUCUUGUAUGACUUCUAGCAUUCAUUCCUUAAUCGAAACGCCAAAGCACACAUAACUGAACUAACUCUGCCACUAAAGUUUGUUUUCCUUUAAAGUCAAGUCUCCUUUUAGGCAGGAGAUGGCUUGCAAUGUGCUGCUGCCUCUUGCUGAGACUGAAGGAGUUUGACAAAUGAUUUGCUGCAAAGGUCUAUUUUGAAUAUGUAGGAAAGACGUUUCUAUUUAAAUGUAAAUAUUGUUUUUAAUUUUUUUAUUUUGUACCAAUACCAGGAUGAUAUUGUAAGUAGUUAUUUCACUGUUUGACAACUGAGCCAGCAAAACACGGUUUCCUGCUUCUGAAAUGAAUAAGGCUAUUUGCUGACACCAUGAAAUGUAUAAAUAUCUUAUGGGCUGUGUGUGUCCCCCUCCCUGCAGGCGAGCCAAGCAUUUUAUUAAUGAUUCCCAGCGGAUGAUUGAUUGAAAACAUACAGAACAUCAGUGUCCAGUAAAAUUGGAUGAGGAAAUUAUAUUUUUUUUGUUAUUCAUGUUCAGUAUUUAAUUUGUCAGUGUUCUAUAUGGCUGCUUGUAAUAGGAGUGACAGAUCAGAAUAACUAAUCUGUGUUUGUGACAGAGCUAGAGCUGUGAUUAAAGGGAAGCAUGUGUAGCUCCAUAUAACCCUUUCUUACAUAAUAUAUAUUCUCCCCAGCAAAUCCUAGGGCUCUCAUACUAAUCUAGCCACUAAAGGAGUUAACCCUAGCAAGUAACUAUUGCGGUUUAUAAAAAUUGCAAUAAUUACAUGUUAAGGGUGAUGGGAGUUUGCACCCAGACUAUUUCAGUAGGCUGAAGUGGUCUGGGUGCCUACAGUGUCCUUUUAAACUUGGAUCCUUGUCCUUCCACAUUUUUCUGAAUUUCUUUAGCAUUUCUGUACAACUAAGUUAAAUUCCGGUCUUUAUCCUAGAGUUGUACUAGUUAACUUUCAUACAUUUGAGAAAAUAACUUGGUAAUUAUUGGUUUAAAAGACAAGUCAUCAAAUAUUCACUUUAUUUUCUGUAUGUUUUUUAUAUAUUUAAAGAAACCAUUAAAAAAAAAAUUGUGGGGGGAGGAGAGUGAGAUCUGUAAUCUGAUCAACUGCUGCGAUGGCACAAACUGGGAGGAAGUUGGGUUGAUGAGCAGUUCAUGUGAUAGCGUCUGACCCAACAUGGCCGCUUAGUUGUGUAAAAAGUGAACUAUUCAAAAAGCAUGUCAAAAAAAAUAAAAAUUAAGUAUCAAGUAUUACUUCAACCACCAUGACCACUCCUGCUUUUAGAAGUGGUUAGGAAGGAAUCUGUAUGUGCAGAGCUUCUGCUUGCAAUGUGGGAUGUAUAUAGCAGAUUCCUGGCAAGUUAUUGACUUGGUUUGGAGAGAUUUAAAUGGUGUAGUGUAAUAAUUACGCCUAUCGUGACAUUCUAGACUUCUAAACAAAUACAUUGACAAAGGAUUGAAAUAACCUUUUUAAUGUAAAACACUUUAAACAAAGUGAAAAUUUUAGGACAGUUGUCCUGAUUUGUAUCAUUUUUAUUCUUGUGUUCGAUUACCACAAUGUGCGUCCAUGGCAGCAGGAUUUCCCUCAGCAUACAAGAAAUCUUAUUGCAAUCUCUCACACUAGAGAUUCUCAAAUAAAAUGUAAAAGUUUUAGAGCAUGACGACAACAGAAAAAAAAAAAUAUUCCAAAAUGCAAAUGUUCCUGUUUCACUAAAGUGGUCGUAUGGUUCCCUUUUCUUGUCUUUAUUCUGUUACAAGAGAUAACGGCAGUUCUGCCAAUACAAACGAUACGUUUCACUACCUGCGAUAUGAAUUCAACAUAAAGAAGCGGGUAAUGUUGGUUUCCGGGUCUUUUGAUAAAACUAUUAUAAUUCCCUACAUUGACUUUUAAAUGCAACAUAACCAAAGAAACCCAUUUAAUACCUUAAACAUUCAUUAUCUAAAUUUAACAGCAGUUGGAAAUGUAAAUUAGUUCAUAGAGCAAUUGUCUCAACUGACAUCUUUCACAGUUUAGUAAAUAGAACCCCCAAUUGAUCUGGCCUUGCUAUACUACGACCCAACAGAAGGGCUGACCCAGUUCUUUAAAAAGGUGCUAGGAACAUGCUUUCACUUAGACACUAAAUCAGAAAUUCUGUCUUUUUUUUAACAUUUCUAUAACACCUAAGCUUCCUGUAAAAUCCAUGAAUGUGCUAGAGGCAGUGAUUGAAUGUGAAGGACAGAAAACACAGCCACAACACAAACACAAAAUGCAUUGUUUAUUUUUGUUAAAUGCUGUACAAUUUGAUAUUAAAAAUGUUUGAUUUUCUUCAGUCUAUGGCUUUUCCUCCUUAGCUUUCAAUAUCUAAAUCGCUGCACCACCCUAACCAAGUGGAGACAUCAUACAUAAUUAUUGCUUAACGUGCAUUUAUUCUACUUAACACCAAGGGUUUAUUCAAAACAUAUCAAACGGAUUAGUAAAUUGCAGGGUUUGUUUGAAAAGGCCAAGCUGUGACUAAAGAGUAGGAAACUUUUCAGUUUUUGUUUUAGAGAAUUAACAAGACAGAUGCCAAGUAAACUUUGUCAAUGAUUUAUUUUACAAAAUAGUUUACACACAUGAACAAGCAUAAGAAGAAGUGCAUCCCUGACUCUUGAUACAUUGCCUCUUGCGGCAAGUACUUAGUGAUCCAGUCAGGGUUUGUUCAUGGCCAUUGGCCACGGACAUGCAGUACAUGAGAUACAAUUGCUUAAAAAUGGAGCUACUGCUUUUGCAUAAGGGUUCGCUCCCAGAAUGUCGGAACAAGACCGCAGUAGAAAUAAUAUUCAGUAGAGGCGGAUCAAACCCCGAAUACUCCUAAGGUGACAAAGUAAGUGUUUGACUGGGGAGUAUAAUCCAUUUAAAGGGGCUAACAAGCAUCAUGGGAGGGGAGUUCUGAAAAAACUGAGGUGCAAAGACAGCAAUAGAAAGGGUUCAGUAAUCCGUUUUCAUGCUACACCAUGCAAGGAGCUAAUAUUUUAAAUUGUCACUGGGUGCAGCGUAUGAGCGCUGUGGUUCUCUUGUUCUGCUAGAAAGCUGUUGAUUUAUAAAGAUCACUCUGAAUCUGACCCUGCAAAUCAAUACUGUGCCCUUCUUGCCUCCUGCCACGAGUUAUAGCACAUUAAAAUAAAGACCUUUUAAUAUGCUAAAAGCAAUGAGAUGAUUAUAUGAAUCUGAAGCAAAUAGUGACCCACAAUUUGAACUAUGUAAAAUAAAAAAUAUCUGACAUGGGUACAUGUCAAGCAAUAUAAUACAGAUAUAUAUACACAAACAUCUAUUAAAAAAAAACAAAAAAAAAACAAGUCCAAAGCCAACCAGCCUUUCUGCUACACUGACUUAAUGGCACAGCAUGGUGUUUAAAGCAGAGAUCAAGACUACACACACACAUGAACAAUCUAGUUUGCAGGUUUCAGCGGUGUUCUGGAAGAUGGUCUGCGCCGGCUGCUUCUCCUGUGUACCGGAGACUCCACUUUCCAUUGGCGUGGCUGAGGAGCGCUGUGAAAAUGAACACCGUAAGAAUGUUAAUUAUUACGGUCAACAAACCAAUGAUCUGACUGCUCUGUGUAAAGUACACCGGAGCCUGGAUGUUACCUGGGGGACUGUGCAAAAACAAUAAGACUAAGGAAAGGAUAGACAAAGUAGACAAAGAAUCAUUGUGGGCGUCUCAUUACUGAUUCUCAUAGAGAAUCACAGGAGCAUGGCCAUUGUGAGUGUGUCAUAGAUUCUCACAAAACUUUCAAACAGUUACUUCUAAAGCUCAUUUUUACACUAUUUAAGGGUAAAAAGCAGUUCGUGACACUAGGUUUACUGUUGGGGGAGGAUAUGCAAUUAGUUUUUUACCUAUAGUGUUCCUUUCUGCUGGACUUACAAUUCUGAACCAAUAUAGAAAUAAAUAAUUAGAAAGGUUCCUGAAAGGAACUUCUUAUGACUUACGGUCGAUCUGGAGACAUGAUGCAGAGAACAUCUUGGGCUGGCUCUUGGGCGGCAUCACUUCCCCUCCCAGAGGAAAAUGUGUGGUUGGCGCUAAUGUAGCUGACCCCCGCGCCAAAUGUCACAUUAUUAAUGGUUUCUAUAAAGAACAAAGCAAGGUUUUAAGAUUCUCUACACUGAUUCUCACAGUCAUGACCUCAAUCACAGAUCAAGAAAUAAACAGAUUGAAUAAAGGUUUUCAGUUACAUUAUAAAAUUCAUAAAGAAUCCCCCCUCUCAUGACAAUGUGCUUUUAUUGAUGUACUGUCCUUACAUAGUCAACAGCAAUACUGGAACAAAGUGUUGCAAGUAAAGCAAUCACCAUGGAAACCAAAGAAAUGUUAAUGUCUUUACUAUUUAAACUCUGCCCUAGAAUUGCUGUUUAUAGAUCAUUGUGUUUUUGCACUGAAUAUGCAGGUACAUUCCCACAAACAAUCCUGUUCCACGGUAUUUAUAAUAAUUAGUUUCUUUAUAAUGAAACAGACUGUGCUCAUUCUCUUUUAGUACAUAGGCUGCUGGGAGUUGGUGAUCAUCACAAUACAAUACAAUAGGCAUCUUCCUUACGGUCAGGAGUGCUGAUUGCUCUUCCUUCCAUUGAGCUGUUCUCUUGGCUUGGCGUGCGGAAAGACACUGCAGAAAGAAAAAUCGAUUAUUUAAGUCACCGGGUGAAAUCUCUGAUCACUAGGAUAAGCUUUGUCCACAGCCGUAGGUCUUUGGCUGAGGACUUGAGCGUUGGAAUCCUUCCUACUGCAAGUUAUUCACCAUAAGUAUAGGGAAACUAAUUCCAUGUAAUAUCAGCAACGAUGGAAAGAAGUCUAGAAAAAAAAAAGUCUGCAAUUACUUAAAGGGACACCAUAGUCACCAGAACAACUACAGCUUAUUGAAUUUGUUCUGGUGAGUAGAAUCAUUACCUUCAGGCUUUUUGUAGUAAACACUGUCUUUUCAGAGAAAAUGCAGUGUUUACAUUUCAGCUUAGUGAUAACUUCACUGGCCACUCCGCAGAUAGCUGUUAGAGAUCCUUCCUGGGUCAUGGCUGCCUAAAAUGCAUCCAAACAUUCAGUAUCUCCUCCCUCUGCAUGCAGACACCGAACUUUCCUCAUAGAGAUUCAUUGAUUCAAUUCAUCUCUAUGAGGAAGAGAUGCGGAUUGGCCCGGGCUGUGUUUGAAUUGUGCUGGCUCUGCCCCUGAUAUGCCUCCUUAUCAGUCUCAGCCAAUCCUAUGGGGAAGCAUUGUGAUUGGAUCAGGCUACCACUUCUGAUGAUGUCAGCAGACAUCAGGCAGGUCUGAGCCAGAACGGGGCAGAGCCAGCAGCAACAGGCUUGAAUAAAAGUAAGAUUUUACUAUAUUUAUGGAGGCAUGAGGGAACCAGGGGAAUAGAUGGUGGUUUUAACACUAUGGGUUCACAAAUAUAGGUUUGUGUUCCUGACCCUAUAGUGCUCCUUUAAUUCUUUAUCCAAAGGGAAAAAGUAUUCACAAAGUUGGGAAUUGUAUAUAACUGCAAGUCGGCUGUUUCAGUCUACAACACUUGGUAUUAAACUAUUCAGUUGUCCCCAAUUCCCCAACAUUUAAAUCCCCAAUCAGAUUAUACAGUCUAAUUAAUAAUGCAGUGAAACACUAAUGACGUCUGGCCAAACCGCCCCCCAGUGUAAUGAUCACCUUGUUUACUGCUGCCCGCACUAAACGGAGAGUGCGUUGAUGGGCGCGCUCCGAUGCUCUUGCUGCGCUGCUUUCUGUUACUUUCAACCACUUUUUUUGCAGAGUUCAAGAUGGCGAAGGUGCUCAAUGACAUCUGCCUGUGGUAAAAACAGUAUAGUUUUUAAAAAAUUGUUGCUUUGUCACGUAAAAUAUUUUCAGAAGAAACAAAGACAUGUGCACAUGAUAAUGAAAACGAGCUAGUGACAUUGGCGACAGCUUCACCAAACAUGGAGUAAACAGCGAGUUAUGGCCGUAUCUGCAUUGCUCCUGAAUGACAUGGAUACACUACAGAGUGACACGUUAUCAUUUUGACGGCCAAAUUUCUUGAUAAUGUAUAGAGAUAUACUAAACGUGUUAUUUUAGGCAAUGGUAUCCCCCAUCCAUCCAAUAUAGGAGGAGUCUCAGGAAGCAGAUUAAGCAGAAAUAGCAUGUUUAUCUCCCACGUUAAAGUUAGUGUAGGACUCACCGAUAUUAGGGUACUCUGACAUAGUGGUGGGCUUAACACAAUAUGGCCAUAUCGUGGAACUAAAACCCCAUAUUUGUUUGCCAAGAUAGGUAAUUUUAAGUAGCCCUGUAAUAUUUUGUGUGUGUGCUGUUCCUUAAUCUGUAUUCGGUUUACCAGUGAAAUACACCUUGUAGUCUCAGACUGAGCCAAGAACAAAACACGAGUAAAGCAAAGGGACUUACACAGCCCACCUCGUCAACUCAGAUGGCAAUAACGAGUAACAACAAAAUUAGUGUUAAUCAAUUUACAUAGUAUAGCCAUUUUGUAUGCUAGGAAAUCAUAUUUAAAAUUGUGCCACUUUUAAUAUUUAAACAGAUAUGUUCUCAAGUUAAAAAAUUGAAUAUGCUUAGUCACAACUAGCCAAGGAAUAUACUCUCAUAACAUUUGAUAAACUUGUUGCUCUCAUUUUUUCUUGUAUCCAUCUGUCAUUACUGUGGCAGAACCAACCUCGCCACUGUACACUGGAGAAGCCUGGUUGCUCGCCUGCUCCCUUCAGACUAUAGCACUGCAGUUCAGCCCUGUUAUUUCCUCUGCUGAAAGGUUUAUUCGUGCCUUUCUGCCGGGGUGUUCGGUAGAGUCAAUCUACUGAACGAUGGACCACCUGGGAACUGGAGUGUGCCGUCAAUUGACCGCCCAAAAGCUGCGGUUAACCGCAGCUUAACUGAUGAACACUGAGUGGCCUUUGUUCGUCUGCUGAACACGUGGCAGUGGCCAUUUUACCUCCCGAACGGCCAGCGGUGUUCAGCGCCCAAACUAUGGAACUGAAAACGGACACUUAUUGGCGCGAACACCGCUGAGCCGCCAGCCUCCUUACCUCCCCAUUCGGUAGCGGAACCGAAUGACUGUUCAUUCGGUAGUUUAACCAGAUGAACAGCAUCCCCCAGAUAGCUAAGCCAUGGAGCCUAUUUGUGUAACGAAAGACUAUGUGAAAGACUUUGGCUCCAUGGCAAUUGAACUGUAUGUAUGUGAUCUUAGCGCCAUUCGGUAGAAAUGUGCGCUCAGAUCUAAGCUAUCUGGGGAUAGGUAGGAUGUAUAUGUUUUAUGUAAUAAAUGUGACUGUAUGUAAUUUUAUGUCUUUUACUGAAAAUGUGUGUAAUGGAGUUUUGCCUCUGUCCUUGGAAAUAAUUUGAUUACUUCCCAAUUAUCUCCAGGACAGAGAGGAGGGGUUGUGAUGUAAUUGUGGGAGUGUUUAAAGGUGUAUGUAUGUGAUUGGCUAAGUGCCAAUAUGUUUCCCAGUUUCCUAUCUGGUCCCCUAGGGGAGUGUCCACCAGGUGGGAGACCUGCAUAAAAGCCGGGCAGUUAGCCCCAGUAAACCAGUUCUGCUUGACCUCAAAACGAAGUGUCGUCUCGUUAUUGGGGGAAUUGGAUUGUAUGCGGAUUGCCAGGAGUGUAAGCUGAUUGUAUGCUUUUCCUGUUCAGCUGCUUACAGCAUUCAAAUGCUUGACAGCAUUCGUAUGCUUCUCCGGUUCGGUGGUUGUGGUGUCUGCUGCAGUGCUUGGAGUCCUCAGGAAGCGCUAGGAGCAUCCUUCAACGGAGGUACCCAGUCGGGGUGCCAGGUGAUCCGUUACAAUUACAUUCAACUACAGUGCCACAUUAUCUCCAGACUUAAGUUUGAGUAGUAAUCGUACUAUAAGAAUGAACUGUACUUUAAGUGAUAUUUAACGGAUACCAUUAAACACAGAUAUAUCUAAUGAUACAGCAGUACGUUUAUAGUGCAGUGUGAUAAGUUUGCAACGAUAAAAUUAUAAACCUUCAAAGUAUUAAGAGUUUAUUUGGUAAUAAGCAUUUAUGGGGUUAAACAUUAUACAAAUUGGCAAAAACAACAUUUGGUAUACGUCAGAAGCCUGGAUGUUGAGCGAUAAUGUACUAACUAAUGAAUCGUUAGCAUUAUGUUGAUUCUGUGCCACUCCUAAAGAUCUAUUGAAACUGAACUCUUAAUAAACACUGGGGUUUAUCAAUAAAUUGAUGAAUUGUCAGAUUGUACCAUAAACUCUAUCUCCGUUGAAUUUCUCCCAACCGGUUGAAACAACUAAAGUUUGUCCAUAAAUGGUUUGAUUCCUACAGAGAAGGUUGGCCAACCGUAGAAGAUACACCGGUCUGUUAAAGAAUCCAUAACAAAGAGUGUAUACAUUUCAUGUAGGUUAUGCCAGGUGGUUAGUCCCUAAACCAAGAAUUGUCCAGGAAAUUUUACAUUUUAGGUCAAACUGGAUGCAAGUUUAGAUGGAGGUUUUUCUUAAAGCGACACUGUCAUGCCGAACUUACCUUUCCCCAAUCGAUUCCUCUUCUCUCCCUCUGUUAGGAUCUGUUCUUCAUUUCUUCCUGUCUGCUCUAGUUUUCUUUAAAAUCAUAAGACAGAGUAGGGACUAUUUGUCUUAUGGAUGUUUCCUAUGCCUGACCAUCUCUGACCAGCGGAGGAGCGAAGUGUGCUUCAUUUCAGAUGGUCAGAGAAAUUUUCCCACAAUUCUCACCUUUCCUCCAUGUUACCGCGAUGCCUCCUUUCACAUUUCCCUAACAUCCUGUCACUUAGACAGAACGCCGGCAAAACUACCGAAUUUCGUCCUAACAGAAUGAGAACAGUUUCUCCAUUCGUGUUAGGACGCAAUACAGCACUUUGUUCGUAUCGGAAUUUCAUUAGAAUGAUUGAAACUAAUUCGUGCCGCGGCUGCAUCUUGCAGCCGCUUAGUAGAUCGCUCCCUAAUUCCCACGGUAUCAGGGAGCUAUCUACCAAAAUGCUGAAAGACCUAAAUUGGUCUUUCAGUCAAAUUUACUAAUACUAAGUAAAGAUUACUUCGUAUUAGUAAAUCUGUCCCUACACGCUAUUCCGUGAGUAGGGGCAUGUGUAGUAAACCGUGAGCAGCCUGUGGCUUCUCACUAUUUAAAAAAAAAAAAAAACCCCAGUAUCCCCCCUCUUGUGCCGCGCAGGUGGGGGCUACUAAACUGAACAGGGGAUCUAUUGCCCCACCCAUGAGCGGCGGGUGGGGGCCCUAAAUUGUAAUAAGGGGGUGAGUGGGGUGGGGGGGAGACAGGCAAGUCUUUUCAUUUACUUGUCACAGCGUGGGAAAAUUCCAAAUAAUUUUUUUUUUCCCCGUCAGAUUUUUUUUUUUUUUGGGUGGGGGUGUGACUAGGGGCUUGGGGACCCCUAGUCAUCUGGAAAGGGGGAGAGUGAUGGGGGGGGAAUCAGUUGGGGAGAGAAGAGGAAUCAGUUGGUGAAAGGUGCCGCUUUAACUCUAGAAUUUUAAUUCCCUGGUAAAUUUGUGGUGUGGCAAAUAACCCUAGUAGAAUGUAUUUUCUUGUAUCUGUGAACGGGUUGUUAUUGGCCACAAACAGAGCCCAUUUACAAAUCCUUAUAGAAAAUGUGAAGGGUUAAAGACUAACUCCCUUAUGACCAAAGCUAGGAAUCACCCCUCCUAUCGCUCUUCCUUACCUGGGUCUCUGAGCUUGCAGAAUGCCAACACGAGGUGUGGUAACUGGUGUACUCAGUGGGGUGCCUGGUCUGGCUUGCACACUGCAUGGUACAGGCGAUCUGGGGGGUGUCGCACCCUUUACACCACGUGAAGACCCCUGAAAGAAUUGUUACAGUAAUUCUAAGACCAGUUGUCUUUUAGCACAAAUCAAAAACACGUGUGUGUGUGUGUGUGUGUGUGUGUGUGUAUAUACACACACAUAUAUAUGUUCAGGUGAGUGCAGCCAACCCCCCCUUGGUUCAUAUACACACACAUAUAUAUUUAUUUGACCUAUAGUAGCAUGUGUGUACAACAUACAUUUAAACACCCACAUCAUCAUGUAAGCUACUGUAGGUCAAUACCUGUGUUUAUCUACAGCCGGUCUUAAUAAUAAUAAUUUUGCAGUUCAUAAAUAUCUUUAAAUUUCUAAUUGUUACCAUACUUUUACAUCUGGAUUGUAUCAGACUAAUAUUGCACCACAGUUAACUGAGCGCGAUUACAAUGUAUCCUCCUUCUGAAUACAAUGAUAUUUGUACUGGGGAGAAUCGAUAAGAGGAUUUCUAAUGUUAUGCCAAAAUAGCAGAAGUGAAGUAAAUGAUAGAGUUGGAAUGUUUUUCAUUUUGGCCUUAAAUUUUAGUAUAUUCUUUCCAAUUCCUAAUUUAAUGAGUAAGCUCAGUUCUCUAAACCCCCCAGACUCACGGUUACUCUCAUAAUAUUCAUUGUUUGCCUUAACUCUAGAGCUGCAUUAUAGUGCCUCGUGUUGUGCUCAUCUAUGCCCUUCUCAAUUUGUUCUGUGUAUGUCCAAAAAUCCCAGGUCUGUCUCUAAAGCUUAAUUCUGGGAAACAAUCUCCUAAACAAAACAAUCCCAGCCAAUGAACCCAAAGUUUCAUCUCCACCCCAGUAAGUGAUCCAAUCACCAGAAGUAAGUUGAGCCUCUUCACUGCCACUGACCUGUGGGGUUUGGGGGGGUUCGGUCACAGGAGCUGCACCUAAUUCUACUUCUGGACUCUGAUGUCUCUCCCGUUCUAACUGUUCCUCGUAUUUCUUCAUGUCGUAAUCCAGCUCAGCCGCAAGCUGCUUGUCUGCUGCAAAGACGUCUUUUAUCUCAUUGCGGUAAUCCUGCAUCAUCUCCUGCAAGUGGAAGAAUUGGGCAUUGAUUUACAGACUGUGUCUUUCCGGUCUACAUAAGUUGUCCCAAGCUACCCGUGCUACUUACCCGCAAGUAGUUCAUUAAGUCUCUCACAGCUGGGAUGCGAUGCUGCUCCAAGAAGCCUUUCAGGGACGUGAUAAUAGGGAUAGUGUUCUCUAUAAAAUUCUUCUUUUGUACCUAUGCAGGGUAAAUUGGAAGCCAAUUUUAGGGACUGUACACUUUUAAUAAUUCCGUACUGUGUGUAAAUUUGUACUCAUACCUUGUACCCUAAGAGAUCAGAUUUUCCCUACACCGCAAUCAAUUUCCUUAAUUCUAUACAUUUUAAAAUACGGCAAACAUUAAUACCAUAACUUUAAUCAUACCUUCACCUACCAAAACGCAGUGAAAGGGCCUCCCACAAACAGUGAAAACGCACUGUACACAAAGAAUUUGUCCAUUUCUCUAUAACAAAAACUCACCUGAGAUAUGAUUUUUUUCUGCGCCACUUGCAUCACUGCGUUCGCCAUUGCCAUCUCAUCAUCGUCAGGACCAAUGUCUUCCCCAGGCUUGGAUCUCAUGGCCAACAGUUUAAUCUCUUUACAGCUCAUUAUCUCAAAUAUGUCAGACAGUAAUUCAUUUGCUUCCAUGUCAAUAGGUAAAACGCCAUCUACAAAGCAGGCUGCGAGAGGAAGAAGCCAUGAGAAUAUAACGGAGUGCACAGUAAGUGACUUUACACACCAUUCAUUUUAGUGGGUCAUGAAGGUGCAGUGAAUGUGACAUUUAUUUACAAAAAAAAAAAAAAGCUUAGGUACUCCCCCCUCUGCCUUAAUCCAGGGCUAAAAGGGUAUCCGUAUUCUACCAAAAGCAGUCUGUGAUGACUUACAAAUACCACAAGUCUACACUUGUGACUGCUCUGAUGAUCACCAAUAAUAGUGCCUCCGUGACAACAAUCGAUAACAGUGGGGGAAAAGGUUUUUAUCCCCUACGAUAUGUUAUGGCGAUUUCUGAUACUUCUAUUACAUACAGAGCUUGAUCUCAACAUGUAAUCACUUGCUACGCAGUCCUUAUUGACUUUGGCAGAGAGUUGAGAAGAAGCUAGUGUUUAGUUCAGGAGAACCUAGCGGCUUUCCUUUGACUCUAUAUUGGAAGGAACACACUGCAGACCCCAAAUAAGAACCAGUUGUGGAACAGGUAGCUCCGUUACCUACCUAGAACAUUUUGACUGAGCUUCAUUGUAAGGGUGUAUCUUUGCUCAUCUGUGAAAUGUUCUAACAAGAACUUGUAGAUCUUCAUGCGUUUAUCUUUGUUCUCUGCUCCCUUGAGAGAAAAGAGAGCCUUCUCCCUGACAAACCAAACAUACAUUAGGAUGGGAGAAGCACAGAUAUACUAUUUUUGGAUAGACCGGACUGCAGACCUCACCUCUCUGUCUGUGCAAACUUAUUGUACUUCUCGUGCUUCUGAUAAGAGUUGAAGUGGAAGACGCACUCAAUGAAAUGCUGUGAGAACAUGACCGGGUUCCUUUUCAGCAGCAGGUGAACCAGACAGAACUCCCCAAAUCUGUGAAGCAAAAAAGGGGAAUACAUGUGUAAUGUCUCCAUUGAAAGGGAGAGAAUCGCUCAAGAUAAGAGAAGAAAAACUUACUUGGCAAUAUCUGGGUCAGAAUCCACGAGGACACUAACAAAUCUGAAGAAAAGGGAACCCUUCCACUUUACAAACUCCUCCUGGUGGUGGGAAUAAAUCAUGGCAAAUUCAAAAACAAGUUAUGAAAUAGAACAAACCUUACAGAUUAAAUAGAAAAAAGUGACAGUAAUUCCCUCAUCCCAGUUAACACUGCAGGAGUGCUUACUACGUGAGGAAUUUAGUGGAGGAAAUACACCUAAUGCUUCAUCUAUAAGCAAGGGUAGCAACCUUCAGCACCCCAGAUAUUGUGGACUACAUCUCUCCUGAUGCUUCGCCAGCAUUACAGCUGUAAGAGAUGUAGUCCACAACGGUUGCCUACCCCUAAUCUUUAGGUUAAAACACGUGUGAACGGUCUUCACUUGCGUUCCAGGUCAAUGUCUGGAUGUUCGGUCUCUACAGUAGAAAACAGACAUCUGAGAAAAGUGCAAACGCUGCAAACCCGGGGGAUUUAUAGCAAAUGCAGGAACCUUCACAUGCAAGUAUCUGAUUUUAAUAUUUUUUUAUAUUAAAAAGGGUCAUCUCAGUCCUACACAGAAGGGGGUUAAAAGCAGCUGCUCAGAACAGAUUCUGAGAUAAAAAAAUAUCAGCUUUACCUGCAGCAGGUUGGUCAGCAUGAUGAGCGUCUGCUUUCGGAUGAACGGAUCUCUAUCUCGGAGACAUACGGACACAUUGGGUAUAUAUCUGUCCACCAUGGUGGUGUACCGUAUGCAAAGGUCACAUAUCACGAUGAUCACGUUGUUACGAAUAGCCACGUCGUUGCACACCUCUAGCUCACGGGCCAGAGCCGGGAUACAUUUCUUAGCCAGGUCUUCAUGCUGCAGACACAACUUCCCUGUAAGUGGAGUAACCGACCAUUAAGCGAAGGGACGAGCUCACGGAGCAUUACUGUCAGAUUUAAUAGACACCACAAUUCCAAGGCCCGAUCUACAAAGGACCUUACCGAGUGUAAUGAAGGCAUGUGCACGGACCAGGGGUGGCAUGUUAGACCCUCUGAACUGAGAAAGGGGUUGGGACUCUGGUAUUUCCUCACUCUCAGAGCGGCAGGAAUCUGAAAAUACAUAACCAGAAUGUCAGGAGGAGCCAGGAUGGAAGCAACAACCAUGGGGAAAUAACAGAAAACUACUGACUUUGACCUGAAACAGAACUGGCCAGAAUGGACUGAACCAGCAGCAAGACUCGCUUUCCUACCCGUGCCGGACAUUGCUGGGCAGCUUCCCCCAAGGUAAAGAGAUACUUGACCUGAAGAAUGUAAACAAAGGAAUUAUUAAAAUGUCCCCCUUUUACUUCAAGAUGCCUAUCAGGAUUUCACCUAGAAUUUGGAUAAGGUUUGUCAAAACUCCUUCAAUAUUGAAGUAAUAAUAAACUUUUUUUGUUUCACUGGUAGCUGAGGUGUGCCCAUGUUACCAUUUAGCUGCCUCCCAGCACUCACUGCUCACUAUCUUCAAAAGGGAGAACGCACAUUUUUAAAAAAUGUCAAAAAACUAGUGGCGUUUGACAAAAACUAGAACCACAAAGACUCAUUAUACCAUAACCACUAGCUGUAGUAGUUAUGGUGCUUAGAAAGUCCAUUUAAAUAUAGGUUAAAUAUCUAAUUUACUUGUGAAGUUGUAUUGUCACACAAUAAGGACAAGUUCUGCAAUUCGAUCAGAUUUUCUUUGACGCUGCACAUUCUCAAUGUAUAUAAUGUUCACAUGACAGCCAGAGUCUCCAUAAAAACGUACCAUCAGUUCCUGGUCAAGCUGCUCGUCUCUGCAAUCCGCCAUCACUACAGAGGAGAGAUAUCCUUCACAGGCCUCAACUAAAUCGCCACAAACAUCAUUGAGCAGAUCCUGCAGGAAUAAGACUUAUUAAAUUAAGGGUAUAUUGCAGAAAACAAACAGGGUUCCUGCAUAGAACAUUAUUACCAGAGGAAGGGGAGAUUAUCUAUUGGCGGUCUUACCUGUGCAUCCUCAGGGCUGUCAGAAUGGGCAUAGCAGAGCUUCUGCAGACUCUCCACAGACGGACUAAUAAUCUCUGGUGUGGACUUAAACUCCUUCAACCAAGACUUUAAAUGAUCUACAACAGAGUGGCGAAUAAGACAAGACGUCUGUUUCAAUCAACGUGUGUGUACAUAGAGGUCUAUGCCAGGAACUAACUGACACGUGGAAGAGGGAUCCUAAUUUAAUUUUUUUUUUUUGUUAUACAAAUGUUUAACCAUUUAUCAUCUGUUUGCUGGCAUUGCUGGUAGAAUACGUCAAUGCCAUUUUAAAGCCAGUGUAGCUGUGACCGUAUACUUUAAUAACACGACCUUCUCACAGAAUGUAAAUACUCUAGUGUGAUCUAUAUAGCUGGCUUAGGCAGCCUCCAUCCCCAUUACCAAUGAAACAGAAACUGGAAGAUAGCUUACCAAUCAGACCCCUUCUGGUGUCAGCAGGAAGAUGUUUAGCAACGUGACCAAUCACACACAGUAUAUGCCCAGUAGUGGUGGUAUUGGCAUUAGCCUCCCUACAAAAGAUUUGAAAGACAGAGUCAAGCAAUCACAUGAUGGUGUAUUCGUGUUACUUUGAUACGUGUGGCUGAAAAGUGUUGUUUUUUUGUUUUUUUUAAAUUGAUUAAGUCAGUACAGCUUCUUUAUUAUUGAAAAUGUUUUUUUUUAAUCACUUUAUCAUACAUAUGACAAAAUGGUGAAAUUUACAUACAAGACAAAGACAACUGUGACAAUAACAAACAUAUAAUUUACAUUAUUACAACUGUUCCAAUCUUAAUAUCAGGUAAUUCCCAAGCUAAACAGCUAAGGAUAUCUUAAUAAAAAGAUAAUUUAUAUCUUAUAGAACUGUUGUCUAAAUAAAAAUAAAUAUGGGCCAAGGUCAGUCUAAACAUCAUGGAAAAAGAAAUAUCACCGUAGUGAGAUUUUCUAUCGAAGUCUAUCGAAAUCUAAGGAAAGAAAAAAUACAAAGAGAUAAUUCAUUUAUUUUCCAAAGUUCGAAUCCAAUUAAUGUAUUGGUCUUGUUUAUUUACAAAAAGUAUAGAGGAGACUGGUAAAUCCUUUUCCAUUUGGAGUUGAAAUAGAACUUGAUUGACAAGCUGACUCCUCAAGAAAGGAAGAUGCGACUUCCAUUGUCUUGCUAUUAUUAUUUUUACUGCCAAGAAGCAGUGGUUUACAAGGCAUUUAGAAGAAGUGGAAGAAAGUUUCCAGUUUAAAUGUAACAGUGCUGUAUCCAGGCCUUUUUUAAUUGUAAUAUUAAAUAAACAUUUAAGUAUUUCAAAGGACCACUCCCAAAGAUUUUUAACUAAACUACAAUGCCACCAUAUAUGAACAAGUGUUCCCUCUGGAUAACCACAACGCCAGCAGUGGGGAAUUUGACCUGGAUACAUCUUACUUAAUUUAUAUGGAGUCAGAUACCAUUUAUACAUAACCUUACAUUGACAUUCAACUAAAUUCUGACAAUGAAUAUAUUUACGGGUAUCUUUACGAGACGUACACCAUUCCUGCUCAGUUAUGUCAAUAUUUAGGAUAUUUUUCCAUUCAUCAAGUAUCUUUAAGGGUUGUUGAUCAAGGAUGGAUAGCAAGUUAGUAGCUUUUGAAAUAAUUUUAUUAACCUUAGUAUUUCUAAAGAUGGUUUGAAUAAGAAUAUCAAUUUUUGGUGACGUAUUUAAUAAGAACUUAUUCAAGAAAUUUUUAAUUCUUAAAUAAGAGAAAAGUUCUUUGUUAGGGAGAAGGAGUUUGGCUUGAAUAUCAGCAAAAGGUAAAAUUUGGUCGUCAUGGAGGAUAUCCCCAAUCGUCCAUUGAAAUUUAGACCAAUUAUUUAAAGAAAUAUCCUCGAUAUUAUCUUCUAAAAUGAUCAAAUGAGAUGACUUAAUUAUUUUGUCGGAGAUUUUUUGUUGUUUUUUUAUCAUCUCCCAAGCACUAAUAAUUUGUGACAAGAUUAAUGAUUUACUACAUAGAAAUUCUAUAGUUUUUUGUUGUUUUUAAGCCAUAAAUAUAUUUCCAAUCUAACUUUUCCAACUGCCUCGGUUGGAAAACUUAGAUGUGUCUGUUUUAAACGAUUCAACCUGGAGUUUAUAUAUGUGACCAAUAAUGUUGGCGUAAUAACAAUUUCUGAUAUUUGGGUAGUUUAUACCUCCGUUUUGGGGUUUCCUAGAGAGAACUUUAGAACUUAUUCUAGGCCUGGUCGUUUUCCAAAUAAAUUUUUGAAAACUAGAUUGUAUCAUGGUUAACCAGAUAUCUGGAAUUUGAAGAGGAAUCAUCCUAAAUAGAUACAACCAUUUGGGCAUAAUAUAAGCGUUAAUUAUGUUAAUCCUGCCGAUCCAAGAGGAUUCGGUCAGGCGCCAUUCUUUUAAUUUUAUAUUUGUAUAUUUUAGGAGAUUCAAUACAUUUAUUUCCAUAAUAUCGUUAACUUGAGAUGAAAUUAUCACGCCCAGAUAGUUAAAAACAUUAUUAGACCAUACGAAAUCGUAAUUAUCUGGUAGAUCUUUUAAACUGUGGAUGUCGACAUUAAUAGUUACAGCAAUUGAUUUAGAUAUAUUAAGUUUAUAAUUAGAUACCUUAGAGUAGCUUUUUAUAUCAGAUAAAACUUGGGGAAGAGAUGAUUCUGGAGAAGUAAGUGUUAAUAAUAUAUCAUCGGCAUAAAGUUAUAUUUUUGCUUCUGAAUUCUUCGUUAGAAAACCUCUGAUAUUCAAAUUACUCCUAAUAUUAAUAGCUAGGGGUUCUAAAGUUAAGAUAUAAAGAAGGGGAGAUAGGGGACAACCCUGGCGUGUACCAUUAUAUAGACUAAACCAAUUUGAUUGAAUGUUUACUCCUACAGUUCUAGCUGUUGGUUCGGAGUAAAGUGCCAAAAUGCCAUCAUGAAUCCAACCUGUGAAUCCAAAAGAAGUCAGCACCCCUUCAAGGAAGCCCCAACU